UCUUUUUCUCCUUCUACUAUUGAAUCUCAGAGUUGGCCGUGACGCGCGGCCCAUGGGAAGACCACAUCGAUCUCACCAGUAUGCUACGACCAUCGAACUUUCUUACCCGACGACUUGUGUAUGGGAAUCACUUUGCGCAGCUCGCUUUCUGAGAGAAACCUACUUUUUGACGAGACUCGGUGAAUGCGGUGAAAGCGGUGGAGACCUCCGGAUCACGAAAUGUUGGGAUGGAAGGCGCAGACUUUGACUCGCCGUCUCCAACUGGAGUAUGAAGUCCUACUUCACGGGUGUGCGAUCUCCAAGAGUGAAACUUUGUUGCCUCGGGAUAUCGCUUCACGCUUUCGGGGAAAUACAAUAAAGUGGGAAACGGUAACCACCUCGCAGUCCCCGCAACAUGGCCUCGGCUGCUAAUGCGCCCUCCGAGCAGGAAAACAGAGACCCCGAUCGGCCGAGGAUAACGCGGAGAAACAGGGGGGACUAUACCCGCAACACACCGCUGGAUUUGGAGUAUUUGCAGCGGCCGAGCUACUGCGAUGCGGGCUUCGCUUUGGAGCAAAUAACCGAGGUGCUUAUUUCUCAUCUUAUCCUGGAAACAGCUUUUAUGCUCUUUGGUUUCAUUGUAAUCGCUGAAAAAAGUGGCCGAACUAUGUCCCGUCGCUGCUAGGUAACGGACGGGCUGGGGCAGAGGGACACAGGGGUAAGGCAGGGUUGUAGUGAGCCGAUAGUUUUGUUGAUUCAUGUAGUUCAGUCAAACAGAGUAACCGGCUUCUCUUUCGCAUGUGGAACAAGCUGUUGUUCAAGCACAGCCGCUCGUUUCUCCCCCGUACAACAUCCCAGCCUAACGGUCUCAGACAAGGCAAAAACACGCAGCUUCCCUCGCCGUGUACUCUGCGAUUGACUCUUUCAUAACAGCAGACUUCACACCUCUCUGCCAAAGAGCUCCCUUUAAAGCUGGCCUGUUUACAGUGACAGUAUCUAAAACUCAGGCGACUCGCGUGAAGACAGGGGGAGAAAAAAAACCCAUGUGGCUGCCCUCUUCCGUUCACAAAUAUUGUGAGUCCCCCCGUGAUGGCUCCUCUUCACUCCCCCACGCAGGCCGGAACACACGGGCUGCUGCACGGGGAGUGGAGGAGCUGUGUGUGGUGGUAUCUGUGGGCUUUUACCCCAUGCACCUUUUGAGUUUGAUGCUGCUUAAAUGACAAAUCACUCUACCUCCAGCAUGUUUCGGAGCAUAGCUGGUACACUUAAAAGUCUUUUACUAGAGUUAUCUGUGAUGUUGUGUAAAGGUUUGGUGCAGGAUUUCAAGCCUCUUUUUUGCACACAUUUGUGCAUCUGACACAUUUCCCUGUGGCUGCUUACUGCACAGUUGCUUGACAGGUAUCUCCUUUUAUUUUCCUGCAUGCACUGCAGAGCUUCUAGGAGUGCAGCAGCACAAACCUGGGACACCAAACACCAGUCUCUCUUUGUGUGUGAGCAUCUUCAUAACAGAGAAACAUAAUAGACUGACCAGGCUGUGAGUCCGUGUGUAGGAGAUGAAGAUAUUUGAAUUUUGCAUGUGUCCUGCCAAAGUUAAGUGACAGUAAUAGAGUAGACCUGUGGAUCACACUCUGGGGAGUCCUUGGUUGUUUCUAGACAGGAUUUGGCUGAUGUGUAUACUUCAGUCAUCACUGCUCAGCAUAAUAAUGAUUGUGUUGACUAUUUUAACGACCGCUCCAGUUUCUUUUAAUUCAAGCACUUACAAAUCUCAGUCCAUAUUGAAUCAAAACACCUGUUUCUCUCACAUGAGGUUGAUUUAGUCAAGGCUCACGACUGUCAAACCUUUCUUUGUGUGACAUUAAACCUUUCUUCUUUAACCUAACAGAAUCACCUGUUCAGGUAAGUCCAGUGUCUUUGUGUUUGAAACUGAAAGUAACGUCAAAACUCUUGUCUCAUCAUAGGGGAAGGCGACGGGAAGGAAAGCACCUCUAUGGCUGAGAGCGAAGUUCCAGAGACUUUUAUUUAGGCUGGGCUGUUACAUACAAAAGAACUGCGGAAAGUUUUUGGUUGUGGGGCUCAUGAUUUUUGGAGCUUUUGCUGUGGGCUUACGGGCAGCUAAUCUGGAGACGGACGUGGAGAAACUCUGGGUGGAAGGUGAGACAAUCUGAUUUGUUAUUGGACGUUUCCGACAGUUUGUUUUUUCAUGUGCAUGUGUGUGAAUGUAUGUUGUGACUUUGCUGUAGUUGAGGCUGUGUGUUUUGAUAUUGCAUGUUUGAAAGAGCAUGGGAUGGUUUAUUGAAGGAAAAGUGGGUUAGUUUGUGCUACCAAACAAGCCCGUGGGAUUGUUUAUUGUUUAGAGCCUGGCAAAAAGCCAAGUGAAACUUGUAAAUGAUUUAAUUCAUCUAAAGAUCCUCUCAGAUUUCUCAAACCAUGUUUGUUUCACUCAGAAGAAGAGCAAAGGGCAACUGUAGCUGUAGUCAGCAGCAAGGUUGUAAUUAAGUUCAUAAGCAGCUUUUGGGGUAGAGGAAAUUUUUGUCAAAGCCGCCAUUUUGUGAGAGUGUGUGAGUGUGUGUGAGUGUGUGUCUGCCUGCCCCCAGCAGUUGAAUGCUCAGAGACUGUGUGUGGUCCCGUUUUGGACAGCUCUCAACUUUCCAGAGAGAUUUGUCUCCGGCUGCAGGGAAAAAGUGGAGUGAGGACAAGAGCUCGUGUUUGUGGAGUGGAUACGCCACUCACUUUUUUUUUCUUUCUUUUUUUUAAUGUCAAGAAAUAACUUAUGAAGACUGAACAAUUUAAAGGAGAAAAAAAAAAGAGCUGUGCAUAUGGGUGGUGCUUGGGGGGCAAGGGGAAGGGGCUGUGCUUUUUUCCUUUCCUUUGAUCCGCAUUCCUGCACUUAUGGGCUCAAGUUGGCUGGAGGAGUCAUGAAUGGAGGAGUAGGUUUUUGCUGUUGAAGAAUUGAAUAAGUAAUGUUUGGGUCAUAAAAAACACACACAGACAAGGAUUUCUACAAACUUACUGUCAGUUCUUGAGACUCCUCUUUUUUUUUUCCUCUCAGUUUCAGGUGGCCUCAGAAUAUAAGUCAUGAGAUCAAAUGUUAAAGCACACGGAUUCCUGUUCACAUCAAAACCGUCUAUCUCCCCAGGUUUGCUGUUGUGGCGUUGCGUGCAGCUGCAGGGGUCUGAUAGACAGUGCAUUCGCCUAAUCUGUGACGCAGGCGCAGUUGGCAGAGGUUUAGGUUGAGGGGAGCCUCUUUAGUCCAGGACUCCUGAUCGUAGCCAGAGGAACACACUGUUUUCACACCCUUUUCCCAUGUCACCCCACGGUCAUGUGUAUGAGGGUGAGGGGCGCCGUAUGAACCUGAGGGUUUACACUCUUCGUAGUGCAUCCUUUCCUCCUAAGCCCCCGUCUUUGGGGCUGAUAGAAUUUUUGAGAAACAAGUCAUUUGCUUUUAAUCUGGUAUCUAUCCUGUUAAGUCAUCUUUUAUCAAAUAUAUGAUCAAAACGUUGAAUUUGAACGCCUCUCUGUUGAGGUUGGCUGCCAACCUCUGAGCAUGGACUAUGGUUGGGUCUGUUUUUUGACAUUAAAACAAAAAACGAUCGCUUGUAAUUCAACUUGUAAUUUUAAUGUCUCUCUGUAUUCUCUCCAACAUGUCCUACUGUUGACUUUAUGAAGGCUUUUCUGGAAGGAGUGUUUCAAGUCUUUUGGUCCAACCCUUUGGCCAUCAAAAAACACUCUAAUUGUAACAAAUAUGUAAAAAAGCGCAAAAUGUCUGUUUGUGACAAGAAAUUGAACAGAUUUAAAGAGUGUUUUGCAUCUUUUCCAUGUGAAGUCUUUUAAAAGUUCUUCCGUUUUUGUUAAAUAAGGUACCAAAGCGCUUCGAAUCUGACCACAUGAUCUGAAAAUUGAAAUAUAAGUCAGUAUUGUCCAGUAACUUCAGGCGCCCACACUUACACUUAACUGAGUAAUUGAAACUUUUAUGAAGCCUUGUUUUUGCUUCGUCCACCUUUCACUCUCUUCUCCUUCACUCAAGUUAGACCCCUGAGUCUUUGUGUAUUGUGAGAACAGGCAAAAGAACCUGGCUCAUACCGACACAGAGAGACCUGUUCAUGCACACAGACUCUCACAAAGAGACUGGGCUGUGGUGGUUUCCUACGUCCCGGUACAUGAGGGGUUCCAGAUGUUGAUAGGGAGAGAUCUGUUUGUUUAGAUUAGCCUGCACAGCUGAGGGAUAGAUUAGUUCUGCCUGGACCGUGGAACUCUGUGCAGGGGGACCGGCCCAAUCGUAUGAGAGGAAAAAGAGGAGCGAGAGAGAGAGAGGAGGAGAGGACAGAGCGCCUGUUUAUGUUUCAUUUGGAACUGCCCUCCGCAGGCGACCCAUGGACGACCCCGCCUGGAAGCUUGUGUGGCCUGUGGACGCACGCACGCACGUAUCUACACACAAUCGCUCAUACUGGAUUUCGCAGUUGCGUUACAUUUGAGUGUAGCAGCUUUUUUUUGCCUUUGUAAUCCCAUUUUGUGUCAGUCAUGACCUCUUUUUUGACUGUUUUGGCAUUAAACCAUAUACGUAUACAGUAGCUGGUUAGUAUGGGUAUUCUAUGCGCUGUCACGUGCCAAAGCUUUCACAGGGAUUGUCUCCUCACACAGAGUGCUCACUCAGGACACAGGAGUUUCUGUUUAUCAGCGAAAACGACAGAGAUCAAUUGGGAGUGAGCACGUGCCUGCUUUAAGAGGCGGAUGUGCCAAACAUCGGAAGAUGUACCGGAGUUUGAGUUUUGCUUGUCGCAACACAAACAGAGGCGAUAUUUCACCCUCUUAUGGUUCUCCUGUUAAGAAUUGAUGGUGACAUGUUUUGUGGUCAGAUCCACACUGCAGAUAAACGCCACGAUUGUGUCCACUGUGGCACUCACAGGAAAUGAUUAGCUCCAACAGGAAGUUGUAGUAUUGUGAGCUCUCUUCUCUCAUAAAUGUGGCUUGCUGCUCUCGUGUGUGCUUUCUAUGAAGUCAGAACCCUCGAUGCAUCAUCAGUUUUAAGUUGCAGACAAUACGAGAUGAUCCGACCACAUCCAGCAGAGAUACAGAGGAGAAAAGUAAAACCCCUUUAGAGUUCCUCCUGGCCACAAAUGGAAAAUGAAGCCAUCCCCUAGCAUUGUGGGUUAAGAUAAACAUGGGCAAAAUUGUAAAGAAAAUAGCAGCGCCGCCUGCGUCUAAUUAAAACGGCUUCACGUAAACAUUGGCCUUCCUGUAGGACGGCCCCUCACUCUUCUGCUGCGUCUGUACUGAGAGAGGAGCAGGAGAUGUGGAGGGGUUAGGGAGCUGUGUUGGUAGGUUAAAGAAGGUACAGACAGUGGGAGAAAAUUUGGAAAUGGGGCUUUUGAAGCUCAAGCUCCGGGCAAGGGUUGAAGUUGAACCUGGGAGUUACUGUUAGCGAGAAAAGCUGGAGCUGUACAGUAAUCCUGUCUGGUUUGUGGUUAGCCUGUAGCUUUAGCAGAGACUAAAGAGAGGAUGGGGCCUGCAGCAUUCACAGCAUGUCUUUUGUUUACAUCAUGGACUUGAGUUGACCUACACAGAGAUAUGUGCGAGUGAUUCAAGUUGAAAUGAGUUUAUAGUCCCUUAGAUUUAUGGCCUCCACUAUGGAUUGUAGUGUCAAGGCUGCAGACUGAGAGGAGGCCUCUGGUCCCAAAGCGCUUUCUUGGGGGACAUAAGUGAAGAGGCCAGGGGCCACGGGGGUAGACCCCUGGGACCCUGAGGUCAUCUUGUAGGGGCCCCGCUAUUUAAAACCUCACCUGAUACUCACCCUGUGGCCUGGGUGCGGAGUGAAGGCUCACAGCAGAGGGGGGGAGGCAGAAGUGGCAGCUGUCACCAGACGUUGUUUGUGUCCUGCAUGUGAUCGUAUUUGUCCACUUGCGUACUUGUGUAUCCCUGUGUGAGAGCAGUAAUCGUAAAAGCAUUAUGUACCGUUUCCCUCUGUGACAUUCUAUUUAACCUUUUGACAUCUGUCCUCCAGCAGAGGGCAGUGAAUCAGAAAUAAAUAUGAUUUAAUCUCUGGAUUGCUGGGUAAUAAAUCUCGCUCUGAAAUAGGAUAUGAUUACUCAGAGGAGGUUGUCAUUCCUGCUGUACUUACACAAUAUCUGUCAAAACACAACAAUAAUGAGGCAAAUUCAAUCACAUCCUCCCCAAAUAUUCAAGGGAUUUUGUCUCUCUUACUGCUUUGAGUUCAUUCAUUUGUCCGGAUAAUAAGUGAUGAUUUAUAGCUUAAUUUUGAACACAUAAGACUAUAAAAGUAGAUUAAACUAAUUUGACAUCAACAGUAUUAGCCACCGCUGCCAAAACCAGCACAGAGUUAACAGCACAUGACUAGAAAAGUGUUUGAUAUGACUGUAGUUAUGGAUGAAAUGGUGCCAGUCCUUGUUUCUUUGCAUCCAGAGCCUGAUUCAAAGGUACAGACUCCGCUCUGAUAGGACCAAAAGUUCACCCCCUCCUCUCUCCCUUGCAUGUCUGUUUUGCAUCUAGCGUGAUUAAGAGCUGAGUUGACAGAGUUGGUGGUUGUUUUGUUGUUCUGCUGGUAAUAGCAGCCGCGGAGCAGGGAGCGGUAUAAUGUUAAGUGCAUGCGGAAGAAGGCUUGACAUCCUUUCUUGUGGACGAAGACGAGGAGGAGAAGGAGGAGGUGUCUCCACUGAGAGGAUUGUGGUCUGCAUGAUUGAAUUAUGCAGCUUUUGAUGUGUAUGGCAGCAUUGAUUCGUGCACAGAUGUACACACUCAUCAUAACUUUAUGCGUUCCCAUAUGCAGAGAGGUUUUGGAGUGGUGGUUCUCAUGAAUGAGGAGGUGGUUGAGCACUGCUGGCGUGGCUUUUGACUUUCAUGGACUUUUUUUCCUUCGUUUUCUCAUCUUUUAUCUGUUAAUUUCCUUUUAUUCCAUCCCUUUACCUCACACUACUUUUGCACAGCAGCAAAUUACACACUAACCCACCCACACCCAAUAGUUUCCCUAGCUUGAACGCAAUGUAUCUAUCAUUCACUCUCCAUUGAUCUCACUCUCUAGUUUGAAGUCUGCGUCUACACACACUCACACAUGAAGAUACACGCACACACAUCAGACAUUUUAUUCUUAUUUUGCAAACUGGACUCAAUUAAGUUUGUGUUUAUCAGUUCACUACAAACAGGAUUAAACCUCCAUAGAAGGAAUAACAUUCCAGCGUGUUGUGUUAAACUUUACGAGUUGAUGAAAAGUGCAGGCUAGCUGGUGAGGGAUUUAGUGUGGGGAAACAUUGCGCCUCUGGUACUGUACACAGACUUCCAGCGCUGUUUUCUCAAGCUAGCUCUCGCUCUUAUUUCAAAGCACUUUUGUGUACAUUAGCCCUAUUUGGCGAAGGUAAAAAUGAGAAAUUAUUUUUGAAACCUCGCUCAUUAACUCUGAUGUGUUUGUGUGUGUGUGUGUUUGCUCUCAAUCCCAUUCACAAGCAACAUCCUGAGAUGCCUCCAAGCUCUCUGUUUACAUUUUGCAUUCUUUCAGGCGCUCUUAUUCAAAAACCAGAGCCCUGCGAAUGACCGACCACAGGAGACUGUGGAGAGAAUUACCCUCCCCCCUCUACCUCCCUCUUUCUCCCCCUCUCUCUCUCUUCUAUCCCUCUCUUUUCCUCCCUGCCAGAAAGGUCUCUCUCUUUACCCGAGCCUCCUCCUUCUCCCCCCCUCUUGCCUCCCCUCCACCACCUCCACCACCACCACCACCACUCCCCCGUCCCUGGCUGGAGAGAGUGGCCUCAGAAUGCCAGAUGUAUUACAGAGUGAGCCACGGCAAUGUAAACACUCAGGCCUGCCAUGAGAGCAGGGUGGUCUGGCCUCCCUCCUUCCCUUCCCUCCCCUCUCCUCCACUCCCUCCCUCCUCUCCCUCUUCCCCUUUCCUCUCUUCCCUCCCUCACAGCCCUGUCUGCCAGAGGGGUGGAGAAAGCACAAAACAGCAGAGGGAAAGUGUGUGAGUGUGUGUGGUGUGUGUUUGUGGGGGUAGGACGAAGCGAGGGAAGAAGCAGGAGUAUAGUAGUGGUAGUGUGUUUGUGUUUUGGCUGCAGUGCCUACCGUACACCAGGAGAGAGAUCGGGGUGUGGAUUGAUACUUCUCAGACUGCAGAGCAGAGAAUUUUUCAUGCAAACAUACCAUAAACCCCUCCAAAUUGUGCGUGUCAAUGGAAUUUUUUCGACCACUUGUAGGCACAUAUGGGCUUACGUAUCUAGUGGUAUAGUUCAUUGCAAUUCCUGCAGCACAACGUCAUAGAAAUCUGGCAGCAGCAGCAAUUACACAAGUACCACACAUGCAAAGCAAGGCAUAAAGAUACAAAGAUAUAAAACGUUUCCCCUCUCAGAUGAUUGAGAGGUCUGGAGCUCCAGAUUGACUCAGUAUGCUUCAGAGAGAAGCUGUUUCAAGUGCUAUCACUACCUUGCAAGUCUGAUUGAAACACGAGACACAAUAACCAGUCGGACUAUAAAUUACAGUGAAGGCAAAUGUUAUCGCUGCUUCUGUCAUCAUCUUUUUGGUUAUCUGUUUGGACAUUUACAACAGGCUAUUUUGUGCAGAGCUUCUCUCACUGAGAGCAGAACAGAACAAUAAAUCAAAUGCCUGCAUGAUUCAGAAGAAGCUUAAAGUGAUUGAUGCAGAAAAUCAACUAACUUUGUAGUUAUUCUUGGCAACUUCCACCUCAUUGCUUUGGCUACGCAGACUGCAACUUGGCUUUUAGGAUACAUUCUAGUAUAUUCUGUUUUCUUCACCAAAGAGAAAAAGACCGUCUACAUUACUUUUGUUUCAUUAAAUAGUAGAAGACAAAGGUGGGAAGGUUGUAGCUGUUAUAGGGAUGAAGUUCUCUUAGAAGCUGAAGCAAAACAGUCUACAAAAGGGUAAAUGUGACUAACAUGUAGGGCAGGGCAAUAAACUGAAAAUAUACCGAUACUGAAAUUUACGACAAUAACCAACGUCAUUUUGCCCAUGUCAAUAUAUUCGGUGUCAAAUAAAUAAAUAAAUAAAAGUUGGUUUUGGAUGUGUGUAAGUAGGCUAUGGUCUCAUGUUCCUUUAAGACCCUGUCCUACGUCAGAGAUCUGACUCUACCCCAUCUAGUCCGUAACAACAAAGCGGGAAAGACAGGUGAGGAGAUGGUGGACGGUCCAAAAGUUGUAGCAGCUGGAGUGGCGACUGAAGUAGACAAAGUUAAUGUGGGAGAGGAUGAGCAGCUUGUGGAGUAGUUAUAGUCCUUUUAUCAUUGAGGUGAGCUGCUCCAUAUAUCUUGAUAUUGAUUUGAGGCCAUAUCGCCCAGCCCUACUGACAAGCCUGUUUCACUCAGGCACUCCUGAAAGUUUCUGGAGCUUUACCCUUCCAAAUUUUCCAAUUUUUUGAGCUCAUGCUCAUCCCUCACAGUGUGAAAGUUUCCCUUUUAGAUGAGGGAGGUAGUGAGCUAGGAGCAUGAGUCUAAAGAGGUGGGAAAAGCACUCUGGAAAAGACACAUUCAGACUUUUAAAAUGCAUGCAAAUAUGUCAGUCUGACUGAAAUUGCACUUAUCUAACUUCUCAUGAUCUGAGUAACAUACCUAAAUAAUAUAGUUGGGAAUAGAUUUUCUCUGUCAUAUAUUCGUCUCACUCAAACUGAAACUGGCCUAAGCGUUCUGUUCAUGUCCUAGUGUUAGCAUGCCACACUUUGAGCCAAAAUUAAAAAGCAAGAAUGAUACAUGUUUACCGUAUUUUAUAUCCCACCUUUAGGCAUCAUAUAAAAAUGGUCUUAAUAAUAGUGCAACAAAUUGGAACUAAUGUAAAUAUUUUUAACGAAACAUGUCCCAAAGAAAAUACUAGUUCAAGCUCUAGUGUGAGGGUAACUAAAACGUGCAAUUAAAGGAUCAAACGGAGAAAAAGAAAAAUCAUUACUCCCGCUCCCUUUUUUUAUUUCCUCUGUCACUCUUUCUGCCUCUGUGUAUUAUAUUCCACACAUAGGAAUGUGUGAUUUUUUGGAUACCUCAAAUCAUGGGCCAUCUUUCCAGGAAAUGACAGGGAGAUGGCUGGUUGAGAUUGGCUGCUCAGGCUCAUGUCACGGUCUGUUAUGGCUGGGCUGUGGGCCAAUCACGGGGCAGCAAAUACAGCAGUGGGGAGAUGGCUCACCUGGCUUGCAUUGGACAGGCACUGACAGGGGAUACAGGAUGAGAUUUCCUUUCCUCCAAACAAAACUGGAACUGUGGAGCGGCUUCAAAAUUUCUCCCUUUUUUUCACUGUCUGUUUUAUUACAUUAGGAUGAAUGAUCACUUGGUUUUGGGAAAGAUUUAAGCGCCGUUUAAAAUGGUUGUUGCGUUAAGAACUCCUCAUGUCCUUGUUGUUGCAAACACCAAUUAAGACAUCAUUUGCCAAACCUCUGCACACAUGCAUGCACAUACUACACACACAGACUCUCUGUCAGCAUUUUCUUAUCCUACUACUCCUUCCUCUGCCCUGUGAAUCCAUUGGCAUUGAAUAGGACUUUUCUGGUGCGGUGGGGGUGGGGGAGGGUGCGCAGUGAGAGAGUGGGACCUGAAUGAAGGCAGCAACGUGGAAGAAUCUGCCCAUUGAGGAGUGUGUGAAUGUACACCUCGGGCCCAGGGGAAGCAGCAUUGGGAGCCAGCCGACUGCUAAAUACACCCAUUUGAGGGGCUGCAGGGGCCGGACAGGUGAUUAGCAUAAUCAGGGGCAAGGGGGGCCAUACAUAUGGUAAUGCUGGAGUUUGAGGGGGGCGGUUUGGAGAGGAGAGAGUGUGUGGUGGUUGGGGGGGGGGCAGGGGUUGGCAGCUGGGGUGUCACAUUUGUGUCAGGGGUCCGGCGCUCGGGGGGUGCUUAGCUUACACAGGGAGACGCCAUACUACAUCUGCAUGUGAGUGCGCUAGUACUCCCCGUUUCUCAUAACUUUUCCUUCUUCUUGCUUCAUUAUUUGUCUUUUUUAUAAUCAUAUCUUUUCCAUCUUUUUAUGUUUUACCCUUUCUCUGUUUAGAGCUCCCCAUCUCUGUGAAAACUAAAAGAAGAGAGGGAAAAAGAGAGUGAGGGGGAGAGUACUGCAGAGUGAGGGGGGCUCUCUAUGGGUCAGAUGGGGUCUCAGCUCUCAGUGAGGCCUUUCAGCACAUAUUUGUGGCUGUGUGCACACCUGCAUUGCAGUGCCCACAUUCAAAACUCCUAUUACUGCUUUACAUAAGGCUGUGUUUGACUCGACUACAACCAGUGGCAUGUUGGGGUCCCAAUACUCCAUCCACUGCUUCAACGCCACAGACUGAGAGCGUACCAUUAUCACACAUGUCUUAUUGGUUCAAGGCUUUCAAAGUUUCUCAGAGGAUGAAAAAUGCUCAUGUGGAUGAUUAGAUCACAUCUUUUCUUCUUUCUGAAGUAAUCCAGUAUACUAAAAAGGUGGCUAAACAGAAGACAUGGCUCAAUGAAAAUUUACACUAGAUUGUGGGAAGGUGUAGCAGUGGACCAACAGUGACAGUACAAGGAAGGAGGUAGAGGCAGAUGGACAUGGAGGAAUGCAACAGGUGUGUCGUUUAUAGUGAUCAGAGCCCCUUUUGGUUAUUGACAGAAGCAGCUGAAAAGGAAACAAACAGGAAGGAAGAGAAAGGAGGAGGUGGGCACUACGGGAAGGGCUUGCUUGGGGACACUAAACAGUGGGAGUUAAAAGAAAAGCCAGGAGAGAGAAUUCAAAGAGAACGAUGUUAUGAGGAUUUGUGUGAACACGGAGUAUCAAAGGUACAGCAUAUCAAAGUUUCAAUAUUGUGCAGUUUUACAAUAUCAAAGGGACCACCUGCAAAUGAUCAGAGGCUAAUUCAAUACAGUUCCAUUAAGAUUAUCACUGAGAAUAUAAUUUGAAAAGGAGCCACUGGCCUAGUGGUCUAAGUGCACAUCCCAUAUGCAGAGGUCAUGAUUUUCAUGUACACUGCUUUGGUUUAAUUUCAGCCUGUGGCUCCUUUGCUGCAUGUUUCCUGCCUUGUCCACUUUCCUGUCCUCUCAAAAUAUAGGCAAAAAAAAUCCCAGAAAAAUAAAUCUUAAGAAGGAAGGUGAUUUGACAACUUAUUGCAAUAAUACAAUGUUUGAAAACAUUGAACUAAAGGAUGACAAUUAACUUUAGUUGCUAAGGGGCAACAUCACACACCACUUGUCUGCAUAAAACAUUACAUGUUUCUUGAGUUGCUUCACUUCUCAAUAGAAAGUCAGUACAUCGUCAAAACAAAUGGUAAGCAUGUCAUCUGCAUAUUCUUUUAUCCAACAGUUAAGAAUUGAAAUAGCACAAGAUGCUGACUGAUAAUGUAGAUUAGAUUAGAUAUUCCUUUAUUUAUCCAUCAAUGGGGAAAUUAAAAUUGUCGACAGCAGCAGUACACACAACAUACACAUUCACACAUACUGGGUACAAAAACAAAUACAGAUAAAAGAACUAGAGUAAAAAAGAAAGAGCAGUGCAAGAGAGGGACCGUUUAAAAUACAAGCAUAAAAAAUAUAAAAAGAGAAAAAGAUCAGUGCCAACAAAAACAGAUAUGGAUGUGAUGAUGUACGGGUUAAAACUGACUGUUCACAAACACAUCAAACAAAAGUUGCUGUUAACUCGUGUUUCUUUUUGGCUUUAUUUCCACAGAUCUCUAAAUUCAGCUCAUUUAGUGAAAAGAGUAGCUGGCUAGUAAAUAUAGCAGUCUCUCUUGCACAUAAUAAUGAUACCAGCAUGUAUUGAGUCAUAGCAGCAGAGGGGAAUAACUGGGCACAGACCAUGUGUGAUCAGUGAUAACUUAUACCUCAACUGUGUAUCCUACUGCAGCUGGUUGAAACAUUGUGCUCAAAUGUCUUAAGUUAUCAUUUUUGCACAGUUAUGAUACACUGAAACUAGCCUAUGUGAACAGAUUUAUCCAUAGCUGCUUCAUCUCAACUUCAGGGAACUUUAUAGAAGUUUUGUAACGAAUUUAACUGAAAUAAUCGCUUUUAGGUAUCUCUUCUUUUCUUCGUUGUCCAUCAUCUUUCCAACUUCUCAAGGUGCUUUUAUGCUACAUGUCACACCACAUCCGUGCACCGAUGGAUGGUAGCUGCACUAGGAGCGUCAGUAUGAACUCAUCCCAACUCUAUCUAACUCUCAGCCACUCCUUGAUUUACUGGAUAUUUAAUUUUUUGUAUGAAUGUAAUCUACCCUGACAUACUGAAGUAUCCUGUUCUGCACUAUCCAGUAAAGUUACAUAAAUGACAAACACAAAGUAAUGGCUGACUGAUUUCCACUGUUUUUAAAGUGUGAAAUCUUCUGCAAUUGCUGCCACUUCUUACAUCUCUUAUUUUUUCCCAUUUCGAGUACGUGCAUUUGAGGAGUUUCUCAUCACUAUCAUGCGAUAACUGUAUCUCCCACUCAAAACAAACAUUUGCAUCACUGUCUUUUGUGUUUUUAUACACUGACUUUGCACUCCGUCUUGUCUCUUUUGGCUGCUUGUGAUAGUUUUUGGAUCUCUUAUCUUUUCCUGACAGUGUUGUGCAGAGAUCUGUGCAGCCCUCGUCCUUCCUCUGUCAGUGUACAGCUCAGGGUAUGGGAGGUCGCUGGAGACUUGGUGGCGGAGAGAUGACCUGGUUUUGGGGGGCUUCCUCCUCACCACAGGGGGUCCCUGCUGAGAGGGGGCCUAAUCCAGCUAAUCCUUUCUCUGCACACACACACAUAUCCACACACACAUGUAAGCACACACGCAAAAUUUGGCUACGUGCACGUAAAUACAGUAUCCUACUUGUAUUUACGUAUGCAUGCAUGCACACAAAUGGAUGAUUUCAUUAGCAUGCACUAACCUUGUAUUGUUUAAAAAUGUACAAGGUAUUUCAGUAAAGAUACUCGGACAUGUCUGCUUUCUGUCAGUGGUAGGAGUAACUUUUCUAAGCACAGCACUUGCAAAGUUUGUAUGUUUUGAUACCAAUAUCAGAGAUGCAGGAGUUGUUUGCCGCUUCUGCUGCGUGUUUUCCUUGAAAGUACAGGAUGCUUCCGUUGUCAGGCGUCAGAGAUGUGCAGGGGGUGGGGCUUUGCUGUUGUGUGUUGCUUGAAAAAGAGAGAAAGUUGGCAAGAAGAAAGGGGGGUGGGCUGGCUUUGACAGAGGGGCCGGGCUGAUUGCCAUCAUGAUCUGGCCAAUCACUGAGUAGACCUGAAUGGAGCAGAGAGAGAAAAAAAUGAGAGUAUAAAGAGGAGGGGGGAGUUUAAGGCUGAAAAGAGGGGGGUGAUGUCAGUUCCUUAGAAACCUACUUUCUCUGGACUCGUCCCCGCAGCCCCCCAUUCCCCUGCUUUGAGAAUAGGGGGGACCAGGGGUUAAUGUUAUGCAACAUACUGAAUACCCACACUGAGCGCUCCAAUACAGUGACACACAUAGAACUGCUUCUCUUCUUCUUCUACUUUUACUCCCCCUCUCCUUUUCUCUCUCCUUUUUCUUUGCAGUUCUACUAUUUUGGCUCAGUUGAAAAGUUUUUUUUGAUUUUUCCACAAGCUCGGUGAUACUUGUACACUGAAACACAUAUACAGUAUUUCGAAGAUAACGCAUUUAGAUAACAUCUCUGGUUGUACGAAGUGUGAAAUGAGACACGGUUGCUUUCAGCCAAACUGCUUUCCCAUUAUCAGCAUUGGAAUCAGCUUAUGAAAAACGAAUAUCAGUGGACCACAAAAGCGAACACAAAGUACUGAAACAAAGAUUUAAUGGAUUUAAAAUUCAUUCGUCUAACCAGCCUGAAAAAUAGUUCCCUGUCUCUGUGGUUGGUGGCGCCUUGAUAUCAGCUAUUGUUAUUAGAUUAAUAAAUGAUAACUGGGUAUUUUAUUCAAAGUAAAGUCAAAACAUUAGCAAUUCAGUCGGUAUUUUGAUGCACAUCACAAUUCAUCUGUAAACUACAACUGCACUGCACCGUAAUACAUCCACAAUUCCACUUACAAUACAGAUUGGGAUGAUUGGUCCUCCCUCAGUCACACACAUGAUGAAGUUAAUAAAAUACAAAAAUUGAGAACUUAACUGGGAACUUAGCUGGGGUGCACAUCUGUUGUACGAGAGAGAGAGAAAAAAAUAUUACCUUUGUAUAACGGUUGAAAAAGAAAAACAGAUGAAAAAGGGAAAUGGAUGUAAGACCUGGUACAAGAAAAAUGAUGGAUGAAUGGGAGUGACAUAUCUAAUCCAUCUUUUCAAAAAGAGUCCCUGUUUUAGUCUUACAGCAAAAGUAAUUCUUUCCAUCUUGCACAUCGCAGUUUUAAAAUGUUUUGUUCUCCAAACAAAUUAACAGCAAUAUAAAAACAUAUCCUCCAUGUUUGGGUAUGGUUUGGCUCAGCUGGUGGAGUAGGCACCCUGUGCAGAGAUUGAUUCUUGGUCCUAGUAUGAGUGUGUGUCACUCCCCCCUCCCACCCUAUGUUUCUGUCUCUCUCAGGUUUCUCUGUCAAAUAAAAGACUAAAGACUAAAAGACACCAUCCUGAAUGUUGUUCACUGAUAGUGUUCAGAGGUAAGGUUUUGAAGAGGUCAAAAGAGCUCCAGCAACACUUGUAGUUCAGGAAAACAGCUUUAUUCGACCGAUGCGUUUCGGUCGACCCUGAUGAAGACCACAAGCCGAAACGCGUCGGUUGAAUAAAGCUGUUUUCCUGAACUACAAGUGCUGCUGGAGCUCUUUUGACCUCCUCAAGAUCUUUUUUCUCUAAGCACCUUAAAGUUGGUGAAGUCGUGCUAGAAUUUUUGUCCCCUAGAGGUAAGGUUUUGCCACAUGGUCAACAGGCAACUUCCUUGAUCGUGUGUUAAUGUCCCUGAAGUUGCUUAAACUCUUGAGAAUAAAUAAGUGUUGUUAGCAAAGUUCUAAUGUGAAUAAGAGAUAACUUAAUAGUAAGAGUAAUGUAGGAUAGAUGGGAUGUGAUUGUAUCAGUGUGAAUGUAAAAGAAAAAGGAAACGAGUUAGCAACGAGGUGUUAGGGGAAGCGUUCAUAAGUCGGUGACACUUUGUUUUAGGUUGCAGCAGCUGAGCCCAGAGCGGGACACCUCCAAGACAUCAACACAUGCCGGGGUCAACCAGUUUUCUUAGCAGAAGGAAUAUGGGAAUAUGUGUCAUUGAAGAAACACAGCUGUGUGUACACACACACACACACACACAAGCACGCACACACAUGCACUCGCUCACUCACACACAUUUUCCUGGUCCAGCUGGGGUGUUAAUUUCACCCCAAGGCUGUGUGAGUGUUGACCCCAAAACGCUGUAACCUCGUGAAGUGUGGAAUUCUCUAAGCCUGAGGCCGUGAUGUGCUGUUUCCUGUAGAGAGAGCGAGUACAUUCCUUUAACUUGUCCCAGUCCUGGCUGCUUGCUGUAAACUCAGGGUCUUUGGGUGGCAGUGACUUGGAAUGUGUUCAAAACAGAUAGUGGCGUCACUUAAACCUGCGCUUUUUUAAACUGAUUUUUUCAAUCGGAGCCUUCAUUUCGUCCUCGCUCGUAAGGAAAACUGAGAAUAUUUGCUUUUUUUUCCUCCAAACUUCUGUUCCUAUAUUCCCUUUGGCAGUGUUUUUCAGCCGAGCCGUGGGCUGGCUUUCCGUUUGAGCGUUGAGUGUACCAGACAAGUCGACUUGUUGGUGCUCUGUCAAUGUGUGUAGGGUCUAAAUCAGUUCCAUGCAUGCUGUGUUUGAAGGCAGCACCGGCGCAGCGUAGCUGUGUAGCAGUGCAAAGCAUGUCCCUCCAGUUAGCCUGGGCCUGCUAUUAAUGAUGAGUAUUAUAAACAUGCUUUCAGACAGGAUCAGAUGGGAAUGCUGUUUGGGUCCAGAAAAAAAGAAAUCAAGUGUGUUUUCUCUAAUGCCCCAAGACAUGGCCCCUCCCUCCCCGUUCCAUUGGUCUGACUGGGUGGUCUGGCUCAGCAGAACAGGCAUGCUUAUGUUCAACUUUAAUGCUAUUACAAUGGGCUGAAAAUAUUCAAUCUAUGCCUGCUGUUGCACGACUUGAGCGGAAUUGUUAAAUUGGAUUAGAGCGUAAUAAAAUGUUACAGAUUUUCACACAGUCGGCUCUCUCACUGGGCAUUUUUCUUCAUUUUGUUUGUGUGUGUGGGACAGAAGAUGAAUUCGCCCAAGCUUCCACCAGUCUCUGAUGAUAGUGGAGCUCAAAUCCUCCGUUCAUAAAUCAGACACAGAUAGGCUAAACUGCUGGAUGGACAAGAGCGUGCACAAAACUCAGGCAGAGUUGAGCACUGCACGUGCAAAAAACCUGCAGCUGAUACGGCUCUUAUGGCGUUCAUUUGUUUAAUUUGGAAUUAUGAGACUUUUCAGGGCUUGCAUGACUGCAAUUGGCUGUAUUUGUUUGUGUGUGUUUGUGGGAGAGCCUUUGCCAGACUUGCCUUGGCUGUGCUGGGGUGGAGCAGGGCAGCGAAAGAGCCUGAAAGGCUGCUUUUGUAGCUGAGGCUAGCUGAGAGCUCAGAGCGCACGCACAGGGCUUAGUCCCACCACGAUACUGGGAGCAAAGCCUGGAAGAGAGGCUCUCUUGCUCGUCCCUCUUUCUCCCACUCACACACAUCAACACACACUCUUUGUCAAACACAUGCACUGUCAGAAACACGCACACACGUGGUCGGUCAGUUGGAGUGAUGUUACUCCUCAGGAUUCAGAGGAAUUGGGAAGUCUUACAUUGUAGUGGUACGAGCUCAAUCCAAGGAGAAUGCUUUUGUUUAAGAUACAUGUCUGAUAAGGUCACAGCCCUGAUGAGCUGUCUUUGGGUUUUUGUUGCAGACCGGUUCACUUCAGAGUUUUAACACAUGAUGCUGCCUAUGUAUGUGUGUCUAUGUGAGAGUGUGUGAGAGCAAAACUACUGUGCAAAGAUAAACGUAGACCUGGUUUGUACGAUGUUUACCCAGUUUUAACCUCAUUUGAUCAGUAGGAGUGCAUUUUUCAAUAGCAUUGAAUACUCAAACUGAAUCUUCUCUUCUCUCUCCAGUUGGUGGGCGUGUGAACCAGGAGCUGAGGUACACUCGGCAGAAGAUAGGAGAGGAGGCCAUGUUUAACCCUCAGCUGAUGAUCCAGACGCCGCGGGAGGAAGGAGCGAAUGUUUUAACGGUGGAGGCGCUCCUGCAGCACCUGGAUUCAGCACUAAGAGCCAGCAGAGUUCAUGUUUACCUUUAUGAUAGGUAAGUAACAACCUGUUGUCCUGUCAACCCCCUUUUUUUAUCUUGUAUUUGAGCAACAAAAAUUUCACCUGAAGUCAACAUUUUGACAUAAAGGGCAUUUCGCUAAACAACACAUGACUUAUUAUUACCCUGCAACAGGUAUGCAGGGCUUGGAGUUAGACGUGUUGAUUUACAGCUAAACGUGAGGAUUGAAUCCAUGUAGAAACGAUACCUGCUGUCUAUAACCAUGUAUGUUCUUAAACAUGAUGAUUUGUUGUCGAGCAUCAGAGACUUUGUAUGAUUACGUAAUGAGAAAUCCUGAACAGAAACUCUUUUGUCCUCUUUUUCAGACAAUGGAAAUUAGAACACUUAUGUUAUAAAUCAGGAGAACUAGUCACAGAAACUCAUUUUAUGAAUCAGGUAAGCUGCCGACACUCUUGGUGUUCAUUUUGACUCUUUGACAAUAAUGAGAUUUAUCAGUAUCUAUUCGUCCCCAGGGAUUUUUCUUCCAUCUUUCCUUUCCCAUUGUUAAUGUGUGUCAAACCUUUUUUGUUUUGGCCAUGUUUUUGUCUAAUUAGAUCAUAGAAAAGCUACAUCCCUGCCUCAUCAUCACCCCUUUGGACUGUUUCUGGGAGGGAGCCAAGCUCCACUCUGGAAUGCUUUAUCUCCCGUAAGUACACAAAACUCCUUUUUACUAGGCUGAAUUUGUAUUUUAUGAUGUGUUGGUUCGAUCACAAUGUGCCAACACAGGCAUGCAUAACAUGAAAUCCACCAAUCUCUUUUGAGCACACUGUCACAUGAUGUAACGUUUCAAAAAAAAACUAAUUGGACUCAGAAAGGGCUUUCCUCACAGUGAGGCCAGUUUGCAAACUGAUUCAAAUGCACUUUGGGGACAAUAAGACCUGAAUACUGAGCUCAUGAGUGCUUUUAGUGGAAGUAACAAUGUUGUUACAGUAGUUUCACAUUAUUUUCAAGACACAGAAAGUGAGAAUAUGGCAAUUUGGUGCUUGUUUUUACCCUCUUUGGAAGAGUUUGCCCAAACAUGCUCAGCUCAUCUAAAAAGACACCAGAGAGAAACAAGAGUGUGUGUGCAUGUGUGUGUGUCCUGAACUCGUCCCCUCUGAAGGCUCUAUUGUAGUGGUUGCUGGCAUGCGUAUCGCUGGCGAUAGUUUCUCUCCAGCCCUGGGCCUCACACCAUUGUCUGGCCCUUCUGUUGCUAAUGGCCUGCUGCUACAGUAAUACUCAGCAGACCUUUACCUCUGCAUGCAUGUGCGCAUGCACAAAAUGUGUGUCUUUGCAAUGAUAUUGUUUAUAUUUUUUUAUUGUUUUGCUUUUUUUUUUUGCAAAUGCAUGAAGUGUAUCCACUUCAGUCUUUGUCAUGGGGGCUUUUGAAUGCGUGUGUGCUGAUCAGAGAUGGUAAAUAAGGUUUUUACUAUGUUCUGGUUGGAAGGCUGGGAAUAAUAACCCAAGCCUGGUUAAGCACAUACAAUGUAGUCUGAAUGACAGAGAGAGAGAGACUCAGAGAAAGAGAGGUUGGAAUGUGUGAGGCAAAGGGAGACAAGGACUGGUUUGGAGCAGGAAUUCAGCACCGCACCGUUGCAUGAUGGGAAUUUGUCUCCAUUUAUUGUUUGCUGUCACAUAGAAAGAAAGAGAUUAUUCUCUUCAUUAAAAAUGUGACUGUUAUUCAAGGUUAGAUGUUGAGGUUGUUGCACAUCUGAAAAUCAGCAUCAAACAAAUCACAGUCUCUUAUUUUUCUAAUAAAGAGUCUAAUUUAAGCAAUUGUCCUGUAGAGAAGUUUGAAGUUAGCGACGUAAGAAGUUCAGAGAGCCAGCAAAACAGGAACUUGUACCCAGGGACAAAAACUACAUGUUAUGCACUAUACCUUACCUCCAUCUACCUAGGGCUGGGCGAUAAACCGAAAAUUUAACAAUACUGAAAUUUACAACAAUAAACGACGCCAUUUUGGUAUAUUUGGUGUCAAAAAAAAAUAGAAGUUGGUUUUGGAUGUGUGUAAGUGGGCUAUGGUCUCAUGUCUUUUUAAGACGCUAUCCUACAUCAGGGAUGUGACUCUACCCCAUCCAGUCUGUAACAAAGAGGGAAAGACAGGUGAGGAGAUGGAGGAUGGUUUAAAAAAGUUGGAGCGGUAGAAGUGGCGGCUGAAGUAGAUGAAGUUAGUGUGGGAGGGGGUGAGCAUUUUGUGAAGUAGUUAUCGUCCAUUUAUUGUUAUCGAGGCCAUAUCACCCAGCUCUACUUCUACCUACAUCCAAGAGAGGAUCAGAAACUCACUCUUAAGCUGUCGGGAUGCAUGUUAUUGAUAUCCGUAAUGAUACUGAUAUUUGAUAUAACCACUCAGCUAGUUCUGCUGCUUUUUCAUAACCACUUUGUAAAGCUUAAUGUCUGUUUUUAAAAUACCAUAGAGGAUUUGAUGUCCUAAAGCUGUUGACACUGGUCCCUUCUGACUAGUCUAAAAAGUCCUCAACAGCCAGAUUAUGCAAACUACAUCAAUGAACUUGUAAAAAAAUACUAGAACUUGGUCUCCCUGUGAUUGAUGUGUGAAAUGGAAGUACUUUUUCAGCUUUCUUUAUGCAGGAAAUACAAAUUGAAUGUGGCUCUAUUAAAAUAGAUGAACCGCUAAAAAGUUUUCUUCACACUUCUAAAUCUACAGUGGUAAAGACCCUUUCCAGUGGACCAACUUUGACCCUAAAGAGUUCCUCGAAGACCUACGACGACUAAACUUCCCUGUGGAGGGUUUUGAAGACAUGUUGGAGAAGGCGGACGUUGGACACGGCUACAUGGAUAGACCCUGCCUGAACCCUGCUGACCCUGACUGUCCCCUUACUGCGCCCAAUAAGAACUCAACAAAGGUGUGCGCGCAUAUUUAUGCUCAGAGUAUCAGAGUACAACUUUUAUAUAUUUUUUGGUAAAGCUUCAAGUCUUGAGUUUGAGCUCGGCUGCUGACAGUAAAUUUCUUGCCUGUUGCUUCUAUUGCACCAGCCAUUCGACGUGGCGCAGGCCCUAAGAGGAGGCUGCCACGGUCUGUCCAGGAAGUACAUGCACUGGCAGGAGGAACUGAUCGUGGGAGGGACCACCAAGAACGGCAGUGGACCCCUGCUCAGGUAACAUACCCAUACUUACACAUGCACACCCUCAUAAACACUGCUGUGAUCACUGCAGGGCUUAUUCUGGAGAGAGUGUGUGUUUUUUUGUUCUUUUAUGCUCUGCGGAACGGUGCGUGCAUGCAUGCGUGCGUGUGUGCGCUCUUGUGCUGUAAAUCUUGCAGUCAUUAGCAGAUUCCAGUGAAAUCUUAGAACUCCAGCUGUUCCUGCUCAGCUCUGGCUGCUCUGCCUGGACACUACCUACACAUACACACACACACAUGUGCACAAAAUGAUCUAUAGCCUGGCUAGUUUGUCCAAAUAUACAGCGAUUUGGGGUACACGGCCUUAAUUCCAGCACAAGCAGCAGUACAAAGCUUAUAGAUUAUGUGGUGUACCAUUGGAUAUAUAAUGAGCGCGGUUUAAGCCCGCAAAAAGGUGCAUGUCCUCCACAUAUCAUGCUCUCUGUACACAUUCAAACAAGGAGGAAAGGAACUGAAACAUGCACAAGUGAAAGGGAGCUUCCUUUAGCGGGGAAAAGCUAAAAGAAAGUGUGCAAUUUUACAAAUAGACCACUUACUUAAAUGAGAAAUUUCAGUGUGGACUGUACACACACACACACACACACAUACUGAUGCAUUAACACACAUGCUGGUAAUAGAGUACAGUGGGGUGCGUUGUUUGUUUUGUGGUUGUGUUUUUUCCUGGCAAGGUUGGGUCAUUAGGGUGUCUGUGCGUGCCUGCCUGCCUGUGUGUGUUUCUGUGUGUGUUUGUGUGUAUGUGUGAUUUAGUCACCCUGUCCUUUGGGCUGUUACUGCUGGCACUCAAUUUCUACAUCUUGUUUACUAACUGCCACCAUUACCGUGAUUAUCACCAUAUUACAGAGAUCACAUUCAUAAAGAGAACGACGAGCUAAUGUCGACUCCUUUGGUUCGUAAAAUUUGACGACCUGACACCACAUAGACUGACUCGAUCACAGUUUUUAAGCGGCAGACUGUUCCAGAGUAAUUUCUUAAUGACUUAUUAGUUGAAUUUUUUUUUUUUACGACUUUCCUGGUGUGUGUGUACAAGGAGGGUGCAUUCCUCAUUUCAUUAGAUACCAUGGCACUCUUAAAAUCUGUCAGAACACGAUCAGGAAUCUUGUAGAUUAGGACCGGAUACCUAUUUUAUGAGAUCUGGCACCUUCCUUUGUCGCUAUAAAAGCCAGACUGUACAUUUCUGUUAUACUUAUAUUUUCUGCCUUUCUGUGUCUUUGACUGGAAUGAAAUAAAAAUGGGGAAGAGAUAAGAUUUAGAAGGACACCAUAGCUGUUUAGAAGUAGGAACAUUUAUAGGAUGAAUACUAAGGCAGCUUUGUCGAGCCCUACACAUCAUACUAUUGCAAAGAUGAUGCAUCAAUGGCUGUUUGGCAUUAUGAAAACAAUAUGUCAACUACAAUUUUGAAAUAUAUUAUCAAUCUAGUCCUUAUGAUGCCAUGAAACCAUGUCGUAUGAUUUUGUCGUUCAUUAAUCUGCAAAUGGAAUCUUUUAGUGUCUCUGCAUAAACACUUACUGCAGCUGUAUUGCUGCUACUUUAUAAGUCAUUCAGGAAAUAAUCCGGAGAUUACUUCAAGUGAAAACAACCCAGCGCAAAUAUUUUACAUGGCUUAACAAGUGGAUGUUUGUUGUGUGCGGUGUGUGGCAAACGAAGCAGGUUUCAUGGCUGUGGGCAUCUGUAUUCUUGGCUCAGCAGCCACAUCAGAUGGAACAAUAUUAUGGUUGUGCUGCAGGUGUGCUUUACUCUUAACACACUGUUGUUUAUGAUGCAUUUUUUCAACAUACUUUUUCCAGGCACUGUGGUCCUGGUGUUUUUUUCCUCUCUUCCUUCACUGGUUACAUUAGCACCCUCUCUGUUUUUUGUAGAUUAUUUUGUCAUUUUACACCUUUUCUGUCCAUGAGUGUAGAACAGGGAUGUGGGCAUGUAGUUGACUUGCACUGUUAAAAUGAAUCUGCCUCUCACUCACUCAAAUGUAGAUUAUUUGUUGCAUCUAAGAUGUAGAGAAGCCACAUGCCUCUUGUCAAAGCUGUAGCUCAGGUUAAAGGGAUAUUCCGGAGUAAAAUUAAUUUAGGGUCAAACACGCUGUAACACUGAGUUAGACACCUCCUUGAGAGAUGAGUGUUGUCGACCGUUUGCUUCUCUAGUUAUAACAACUUUAGUAACGACCGCAGGAUAGCAAUACACAGCGGUCUGAGGAGUCACACACAAACCUCAACCAAAAAGCCACUCUAUAGCCACAAAUAAUGCUCAGAACAGCACCUAACUUCAUCAACAGUACAUAUAGGGUCCCAGCCAUAGUACUAGCCACCAAACAUCUUUUUAACUUUGCCUAAUUUCUUUAGAAAAGAGACUAAACACAACUCACCUACUCUCUUCCAGCAGCCGCUUGUUUGUAGUGAGACCUCAGGCCAGUCCAUUACGGACUACAGCGGGGUUACGCAGCUCAAGGAAGAACAUUUAUGAUCAUUUCUUCAUUGAAAUGCAAUCAGACCGAGACACUAAGGCAAAAGAACUGCAGCAUCUGCAGUGCAAAAUGAUUAAUAUGAUGAUUUUUACUUCAAGGAAAUAAUAAAGUAAUGAUCAUAAAUGUUCUUCCUUGAGUUGCGUCACCCCGCUGUAGUCCGUAAUGGACUGGCCCUUGCUUGCAAGCGGCUGCUGAAAGAGAGUAGGUGAGUUAUGUUUAGUCUCUUUGCUAAAGAUAUUAGGGAAAGUUAAAAAGAUGUUUGGUGGCUAGUGCUAUGGCUGGGACCCUUUAUGUACUGUUGAUGAAGUUAGGUGCUGUUCUGAGCAUUAUUUAUGGCUAUAGAGUGGCGUUUUGGUUGAGGUUUGUUUAUGGCUCCUCAGACUGCUGUGUAUUGCGGUCGUUACUAAAGUUGGUAUAACUAGAGAAGCAAAGAAGACCCUUAAUUGAUUUUAUGCCGGAAUAUCCCUUUGAUGGCUCAUGUUGUGAUGCUAUAACACUCUACCAUCCAAAUUAAAACAAGCACAGAUUACAGAUAGUGUCUUGCAGGCUGUGUCUGAUUAAACUUGCAUAAAAACAUCUGACCAAAGCAGUAUGUAACCGACACAGGUAUGUGGAUGUUAACUUACAGGGAGGAUGAUAGAAUUAGCCGCACAUGUCAAACCGACAAAUCAACAUAAUUUACCUGCAGACUCUCUGGUGCUGUUUUACAGCUGUGCUGCAAAACUUGUGCUCAGUUUUGAUUGUCUUCUGAGUGUUUUAUCACCCUUAGAUGUUUCAACGAUUUGUUAUUUUGACAAACGGCAAAUAUUGGUAAGGUUUAAAGCGCACUCAAGACACAAUAUUUAUAAAGUCAUAACUUAAAGCUCCUCAAAGUGUCCUGAUGGAUUUAAUGUUAAAAGCACAAUCCACAAAAUGAGCUCUUGGCCUUGUUGAUCUUUUCACUGAACACAAAGUUGACAUUGAAGUCUUACACCUUAUUAACCUCCUCUUUUUCCUCCCUCUUGCCUUGCCUCCUUCUCCUCUUCUUCUCUCCUGUGCAGUGCCCAGGCCUUACAGACCAUGUUCCAACUGAUGACUCCCAAGCAGAUGUUUGAGCACUUCCGCGGCUAUGAUGAUGUUUCUCGCAUCAACUGGAAUGAAGAGAAGGCUGCGGCUAUACUGGAAGCCUGGCAAAGGAGAUACUCUGAGGUAAGAUACUCACAAAUAGCCUUGAAAAAGAGAAAGAGAGAGAGAGAGAAAAGGGGGUAAGGAAGGAGCAGGGAGAAAAGAAAUCUACCCUAAAUCCUCUACAACCACAUUGUAAAUCACUAGCCGGAUACAGGUGAACAUGAAAAGGCCCCAUCCAAAGCCAGGGCCCCUGAUAGAUCCUGGAACCACUGUUGGUGUGUGGUAAAGGGCUAAAGCUUCCCUCUCUCUGCUCAAGUAGAGAGAAGCAUCAGGGUGAGCAAGUCUGGAAUACAUUAAGGGAUUGCUGGAUGUCUCUCUCUCUCUCUUUCUCUCUUUAACUCAUGCACAAACGCACACACAUGCGGACACACGCAAAAGUUCACACACAAUCUCUUUCCCAGCUGUGGCCCCAUUGGUGGCUCAUGUGUGACAUCAUCUGGUCUUUGUUUUGGGGGGCCCCAACCUCUGUUCGCCAUGGCGUGACCUUAUGUGUGUGUGCGUGCAAGUGUGUGGAUGUAUACAAGUGCGUGUGUAUGCCCAUUCAUCUUGAGGCCCAGUGAUCGCAGAUGGAAAAGAGGUGUGAUCGUCCGCCGGGAUGAAGUGUUUGUGUCUUUAAGUUCGAAAAAGCAGAAGAAGCCAAAUGUUGCACUGUCUCAAUGUGCAUAUUUAUGUGUGUUUUAAGGACUGUGUGCAUGAAUAGUAAAUGCAUGCAUACUGGUAUGUGUCUGACACAUGUGUGAAUCCACACGUGGGUGCGAGAGUGUGUGUGUGAUCUAGUGAGUGCUUCCUAAUGUGUGUCAGCCAACAUUACUCCCCACUGAGUAGUAACUGCUGUACAAUGUUGAAGCCAUCUGUCUGCUGGAGAUAGUGAGAGAGGGAGAAGAUGGGUCCGGGUACUGUCUGCAGAUUCUCCAGAUUACCUCCUACAGCAGAGGCAGUGCCCUUGAUUUAGGCCUCUGACUGGUCUUUGUUUUUUUUCUUGUAUUUUAUACAAAGAGCUUCACUUUGUGAUUCAGCAAAGAGGUCAAAAACAAACUGUGAGCACAUGGCUUUCACUUCCCUCACCUUUAAUGUACUCACUAAAAACUACUACUUCUUAUCAAUCUUUUCAACUUCAACUUUCAACUUUAUUUCAUUUAUAUGGCACUUUUCCUACAAAGCUGUAACACAAAGUGCCUUACAAAACAUAAAAAGAAAAUGAAACAUUAAAAUCUCCAAGAAAACCCCAAACCUCCCACCCGCACAAUUAUACCCACACACACACCCGUGAACAUAGACAUACAUUUCCAGACACACAACUUCACAUACACACGCACCUACACAGUUAGCAGCUGAUGGUGAGGAGACAUGACUGGGCACUGAGAUCUGAGGUGAGGUAGACGCUACCUUUGGGGGCCACGUCGACCACGUUCUUCUUUUUUAAUUCUGUAUGUUGAUUUGCCCUCCUUUUUUUUGUGCUUCAUUUAAUCGACCUGUAUCUGCCUUUUUCUAGGCGGUCUUACAGAGUGUGGCAGCGAACUCCUCCCAGAAGGUUUUGUCAUUCACCACCACCACUCUGGAGGACAUCCUUAAGUCUUUUUCUGACGUCAGCGUCAUCCGUGUGGCCAGUGGAUACCUGCUGAUGGUGAGAACCGAGACCAGAUAUAAAACUUAGUUGAAUGUUUUGAUCUCACUUUGUUCUUGGAAAAUGCAUUUUUAAACAGUUCUUAAUGGCUAAUAAAAAACAGAAAUGUUAUGCCUAUCAAGAUUGAUUUACAUAUGCAGUAGGUUGGUUAAUAAAUGGACAUAUUUGUUUUUGCUGUGUGUGUCCAGCUGGCCUAUGCAUGUCUCACCAUGCUGCGGUGGGACUGUGCCAAGUCUCAGGGGGCUGUGGGGCUGGCGGGUGUCCUGCUGGUGACGCUCUCUGUGGCUGCUGGUCUGGGCCUCUGCUCUCUACUGGGCAUCUCCUUCAAUGCUGCCACCACACAGGUACCUCACGCACACACACACACACACACACACACCACUGAACAGCCAAUCAGGACUUUUUUUUAUUGGGUCGGAUCAAGAUGGGCUGAUAAACACUGUAUAUUUAAAAGACAAUUUAGGAUAAGACUGUAUGUUACAAGUUUCCCACUGAGCAGAAGACGGCUCUUAAACAUCCAGUUUUUUUUAGACCUAAUUUCAACCGUCUAGUUUCUGAAUAUUUUUAGACAGAAUUUAGACGUUGCACUUUAACCCAUUAUUCGAUAAGUAUUGAUUUCAAAAAGCAACUGUGAGUUGCACAACUGAUCUCCAAGUACUUAACCAAAAUAAUUAUGAUAGCCUUUAUAUCUUUACUACAGUGUAGUGCAGAUACAGCUCAGAUUUAGAUUUAGUCUAAACCUGGUCCAAAUUUAGACAUCUAUAAAACUUCUACAUUUUUAGACCUGUGGUAGCCUGAUUUUAGACCAGUCAUCUAGGCUACAUUUAGACAUCUAUUAGACCAAAAAAUGCUCAGUGGGUUAUUUUAUUCAUGCAAACAAAGACUCAAUUCAUGAAUCUGCUUUUUUUCCUCAAAAUUUUAGGUUGUUUUUUUUAAACACUUUAUUCCUGAGAAACAUAAGAAACACAUUUAGAUCUUACAUUUGUCAUUUUUACCUUUGACAUCCACUGAAUGUGCAGUUAAACUAAGUAUUGACACAUGUGACGCCUUGCACUUUCUAUCACAAAUAAAAUCAAAAUGAGUUUCAUGAAGGAGAAGAAAACUGCAAACCAAACCAUUACAUGCUUAACAUCCAAACUUCUAAAUAGGUUGUACUCGCUGCACUGGUUGAAUAGGUGUGUUUUCAACAGGUGCUUCCUUUCUUGGCUCUGGGAGUUGGAGUGGAUGACGUCUUCCUCCUGGCUCAUGCCUUCAGUGAGACUGGACAGAACAAGAGGAUCCCGUUCGAGGUGAGGCGAACAUCCCUGAUCGUGCUGUUCUUUCUCCUCUGCCCUCUUAUCUGCUUCAUGGAGGAAUGUGUGAAAGCCUGUCUGUGCCUGUGAGGUAGCAUCAAACAAGCUGUGUGCCACACACUCAGCACGCUUAUCUAAGCCGCUCUCCGUAUUAAACUUAUUUCUCUUGGAAAAACAGCAGCUUUUGAGACUAUCCCGUCAUGUAUAUGAAGUAUUUUUCAUUUGUCUUGCUUUAUUUUUUUAUGGAUUUGAUUAUUUUUAGUCAGAAUUAAGUUAGAGAGUUACUUGAUUGCAAGACCCUAUGAUUUAUUUUCCCUUUCGAAAGUAGCUUGAGACGCAGAAUUCAACACAAAUUCAAUCAACAACUUGAAACUAAAAUCUAGAAAAGUUCAGAUAAAGUAAAUGUUUCUUCAACCUCUCAUGGGUUUGUAUGUGUGUGUGUUUUUGUGAGUGGGAUAACUUUUCACCUCCAGACGGGGAAAACACAGGCAUGUAUUUGCUUGUUGUUGUUUUCCCCCCCUGCUCCCCUCCUCUUGUCUCUAUGUCUAUGCCUCCCUUAUCCCCCAGCUUCCUUUGUGUGGCUGAGAUGAAAACUAAACAGAGCUGAACCUGAUCUCUCCUGUCCAACACACACGCACGCACACAGACGCACACACUCGGAGAUGCACACGCCUGCAAACACUCCCUGUGUGGUCCUGCACGUCCUCGAAUGUUCUCACAAGUGCCGCCAAACCUCCGAGCAAUGUGUGCAUGCUUAUCUGUGCUCUGCAGUCAUAAUUUCACCGAAAAGGCAUUUAUUUUGAAGGGCAUGGCGUCAUUAUUUCUUUAUUUCUUUCUACUUUUACCCUCAAUGUUUGCACAGAAAGUAGACAGGUGCAGCUGGAUUAUCCGAGAGCACUUCAGCGCUUCAAGAAACAUUGCAAUCAGUGUCACUCAUAUUGGUAUUAGGAUAAUUGUACAUCAUUUCAAGUAUUACAUGUUUGCCUUACGGCUAAAGUCUGAUCAAAAGGGUCGAGUUUCACAGCUUUUCUUUUCAUCUCUCUCUCUCUCUCUCUGUUUUUUCUCUCUCUCUGUCAGGACCGUACAGGCGAGUGUCUGAAGAGAACAGGGGCCAGCGUGGCUCUUACCUCCAUCAGCAACGUCACAGCAUUCUUCAUGGCAGCCCUCAUCCCCAUCCCAGCACUCAGAGCCUUUUCUCUACAGGUACGCCCAGUAGAAAGAGAGGAGUGUAUGUAUGUGUGUAAGUGUGUGUGUGUGUGUGUGUAAGUGUGUGUGUGAGGGAGCUCAAUCGUGUGGGGCCUCUCUUCCUUAGUAAUGGUCCUCUUCCACUCCUCAUUGGCUCCAGAUUUCUCCCGACUGUUGUUUUAUUGAUUUCAUUCAUCAAACUGAAAGUGUGUGUGAUUUUGUGUGUGUGUGUGUGUUAGGAGCAGUGUGUGUUUUGUUAAAUCCAUCCAGCCCUCUCCCUCUCCCUCCCUCCCUCCCUCCCUCUUUGAGGCUGUUUAGUGGUGGGCCCGGUGUCUGUCCAGAUUGUGGCCGAGGUCUAUGUAACUGAAUCCCUCUGCAUGUGUAUGUGUGCUUGUGUUUGUGUGUGUGUGUGUGUGUGUGCCUAUGUGUGUAUACGAGCAUAGAAAGUUGCAGUAUCUGUGUGGGAGGUUUAAAAAGCAAUGGUCUAGCUGUUUGCGUGCGUGUGUCUGAAUCUCUGUGUGUAUGCUUGUGUCUGAAUGGGUGUGUGUGUGUGUGUGUGUGUGUGUGUGUGUGUGUGUGUGUGUGUUAAGGUUGGGGGAUCUAGAGGGGAGCUCUGACUUCUCUAACAUCUGUCAGUAAUUAUAGACGUCACCAGAACAGUGAAAACUGGGACAGAAAGAGACGUCUGUCAGUCGCACAAAAAGCCUCCAAUGAGCAUGGGAUUGUUAAUCAGAGAGGUCCUUGCUCAAUCAGAGUGAAGAAAAACUGUGUUCAGGGGAGAAGGAGUUAUCAGAUAAAACCAGCUGAAUAAGACAUAAAUAUAAGAUACAAGUAUUUUGUCUGAAGUGUGAUUGGUUAGUACUGUUUACUCAAUUUAAACUCUACUUUUAUUAUUUCUUGAGCAUAAAUUUACAAACCACACCUUUAUAACUUCAUGUGGUACAAGUUAGAAUACUGUUCUCACUGUACUGACACCCAAAUGUCUGUAGUAGAACAUAUAUGCAACUCAUAUCAUAAGUGACUUUUGGAUGGUGACUAUAAUUGAUUUUACUUUUGGUAUGGCUACUAUAAAAGCGUAGACUUAUUUUAUGUAACCAACUAACGCUCCCUUACAUAUAUUUAUUGCUAACAAACAAAUUUUCUAACUCACCACAGGUAUUAUCAGAAAAAAAAAACACACUCUGGGUCGCAGCUUUAACUUGGCACAGACGCAAAUUUACUACAGCUGCACGUUUUUGUUAUCCUCGCAAAGGUCUGCUGCGUCUCUGAGCAACUCUCGGACGAAUAUGUGUUCAGUAGCAUCAGAAUUUUAUAUUCUACUAAAAAUAACUGGGGUUACGAUGGCUUAAACGACCCCUGACAGAAAGUGUGGGGGGUAAGUGUAGGGAUAUGUCUGCAAAGAUGUCAUUAGCAGGUGAAAUCUUGGAAAAGGGUUGUCCACAAAGCGAUUUUAUAAGGAUUUGAUCGUCACUUGUCGAAUUUGUGUGGCUCUAAAUCUUUGUUCUGAUAACGUUUUUGUGUCGUUUGUGUACCACUGCCAACUGACAAAGUACAUUUAGGACAAGAGUUACAAACCCAAUAAUGACUUACCCAAGUGUGUCAGUAUUUGCAGCGAAUUAAAGGCUAGAAAGUUCUGUGUUGACUAGUGUAGUAGGAACCUCCUUUCUCUUACGUGGUCUCUCUUUGGCUCUCUCUCUCUCACACACGCACACACACAGACACACACACACACACACACACAGUAAGGUAAGAUGUCGCCAUAUUGAGUACAAUAUUAGCAUGUGUGGAUGGAUGGCUUUAGUACAGCGAGUCUGUCAAACAUGAUCCAUUUACCCCAUGGGUCUAAUCCAUGCAGCCUCGUUUUAUACACACACAUACACACACUUUGAGACUGACACACAUAAAUGCAGAAAACACACACAUGCGCGCAUAGCAUGCAUACUUUAUACUUGUGGUUUUGUGACUGGUGGAGGGCAGACUCUCAGUGCGGCAGACAUUCAUGCUGAUACCCAUCUUUUAUUAUGGAACACACACACACACACACACAACCGCAGUGGGUGUUACUCAUGCAUGCAGAGAUGUGUGUUAGUACGUAAGUGUGAGUCUCUUUAUCAACAUUAAGUGCUUCCUGUGAAUGACCCCUCCUUGGAUUCAUCUCUCCCUCUCUCUCUUGCUCUCUUUUUUUCCUCAUUUACUUCCUUCCAUCAGUUUGAACCGAAAGAAAAUAGGAAUGCAUCCAGAUAACAACACAGGAACACACACAUUCAUGCGCCGAGGACAGAUGUGAUGAUAAAUCUUCCCACUCUGGGGUCAACUAGCGGUCGCUCUGUGUGUCUGUGUGAGUGUGAAGUCUCGGUGUAUCUGUCUGAAUCUUACUGAGCCAAUUGAGAAUUAAUUGUUCUCUACAUUCAGAAGUUUCUUCUUUUAACUUUUGUCUCUUUUCCUCUGUUAUUGACUGACUGGUGUGCUGAGGAAUGAGGGAGGGCGAGGAUGUGCGAGUCUGUGUGUGUGUGUGCGUCUGGUUGGUGUUAAGGUGUGGUUUAAGUAGAAGGUUGUACAGGUUUUUAAGUUGCCAGAAGAUACAUGUGUGUAUGUGCAUAUUUUCUGGUGUGUAAGGGGUGUGUGUUGUCUGUACAGCCGCAGCGCCUGCUCAUCACCUCAGGCCCCGUGGGCCUCUAGCUCCUUGGGUGGUCUGGCACACACAUGAGAUUGUGCGUUUGUGUGUGGCUGUGUGUGCGUAUAUGCAAGAGUGUGUAGUGGUCUGGCAACUACGCAAGAUCCAGAUUGUACUCUGGGCAGGGCCCCAACCUAACCCCAACCCCCACCCUCUGCUCCAGUGCACCACCUUCAAAUACUUAACCACAACGCUGUACUGGCUUCUAUUACACACACACACACACACACACAUAUCUGUUACUUUCUGUCUGCACACUUAGUGUUUUGGAUGUGGAAGAAAUUGAAAAAGUGUUGAAAAGUUUUUGUAUCUUGAUGAAGGCUUUUAAAUCGCUGUUAUUUUAAGAUAUGCCGUAGACCUCCCAGUGUUCCCGGGACCAGAGAACAUCCCCACAGUCAUUGCAUUUAGUUCCUUUUUUGCAGGUCUUCUCCUAAAAUGUUUCCACAACAUUUUGUACUUUUUCAUUUACAGUUUCAUCAUGUAUUCGGCUGGCUCAAAAAAAGUCAAAAUCCAUUUUCUUUAAGAGAAAAAAAAGGUUUUCCCGUAUAUAAGAUCUUUUUCAUCAUGUUUCUGUCAGGCUGCAGUGGUGGUGGUGUUCAACUUUGCCAUGGUGCUGCUCAUCUUCCCCGCCAUCCUCAGCAUGGACCUCUACAGACGAGAAGACAGGCGGUUUGACAUUUUCUGCUGUUUCUACAGGUGUGCGCACACACACGCAGACAUCACACACAGACAUGACUUUAUUUCCGAUGAAAGUGCUCACUUCUUUUUUGACUCUUCCUUUCAUGUUUCCCUCUGAUGUCUGAUCUGACGAUGAAAAACUCUGACACACAGUUAUCUCAAAGGCAUCUUCACUCUAAUCCCCCCUCAGUCAAAACCUAAUUACUGAUUACACUCAGACUGGCUGCUUGUUAUGUUUUUGACUGUUUCGUCUGUUUAUCUGUGACAGUCUUUAUUAAAGUCUGCCAGUCUGUCUGCUGGUCUGGGCAUGCUUUUUGGCACAGCCAUCAUGCAGAUGUUCAUAUACACUAUUAAAUUCCCUUGUCAUGCCUCAGCUCCAUAUUUCAUGCAUUUUGCAGAGAGAUGGAAAAAAACACACAAACACAGAACAGACAAAGAAAACUGAUUUAAUACAGAUUCCAGAAGAAUUUCUACCUUUUUAUGCAGAGAUUUUUGUCAAAUUUUAUAACCAUGACAGUUUCAGUGUCAGUGAUAAAUACCUAGUUGUCUAACUCUGCCCUCCCUGUGUUUAUCUCUUCAGUCCAUGUGCCAAUCGCGUCAUCCAGAUCGAGCCCCAUGCCUACCUGGAUGGCGUGGACGGCAGCCGCUACAGCCCUCCCCCUUCUUACCGCACUCCCCCUCCUUCAUAUCGCACACCUCCCCCCAGCUACAGCAGCCCCCCUCCCUCAUACAGCAGCCACGGCUUUGCCCAGCAGACCCAAAUCACCAUGCAGUCCACAGUGCAGCUCAGGACCGAGUAUGACCCCCGCACUCAGGCCUUCUACACCACAGCCGAGCCGCGAUCCCAGAUCUCCGUGCAGCCCAUCAACCCUGCCCCCGCUAGGAGUAACCCUAACAACGACUACUACAGCAGCAACGCAGGUGGCAGCAGGAGCAGCAGCAGCAGCAACAACGGCAAUCUCAAUAACAACAACAGUGGGAGUAGAGGCAAUGGGGGGUCUCGAAGUUCGGACGCUUUCUCCCAUCAUAAUCCCGCACCUCCCCCUGCUGCCCCAAGUGCUAGCUCAGCUCCUCAGGGUGACACAGCUUCAUCUACUGGACAAAUCCCAGAGAAUAACAGCUCCACACGGGACCUUUUGUCCCAGUUUGGGGAAGGAUCACAGGGCCUGCGCUGCCUUGAGCCUCCCUGUUCACGCUGGACUCUAGCUUCUUUCGCUGAGAGACAUUAUGCUCCAUUCCUGCUACAACCCACCACCAAGGUGAGUUUGGCACAACAGAGAUAUCCCUGAACAUACAUUUGCAGAUAAUUGAAGCACCUUUCACUUAUAGUGGGAGAUAGUCCAUCUUGUUUUGAUUACUUACAAGUGCAUGCAGGAGGAAGAGAAGAAGGAGGAGUUACGUCUAGGAAUGGUGAUUGUUACUGAGUUGAUGUCACUACAACAAAUAUGGGGGAUCUUUCCUGCUGCAAAAACACAACAUACUUACAGCUGAAGUAUCAGAUAGCCCAUCUCUGUUCACACAUCAGCUCACCCUGGCUUUAGGAGGCUGUGUCCCUGUUUUUGUUCGCUCGUGUAGCCUACUCGAAUGAAGUCAGGUGUUAUGUGCUUGUGUGUGCUGAGUCACCGGGGUGAUAAUUUGAAAGCGAAGGGUUAGUCACCAAAGUGAACAGUAGUAGAAGGAAAAUCUGGGUUGGAGGUUGUGGUCGUGUCUUAUCUGAGUCACACAGACACACACACAGUCUGACCUCAGUCUACUGGGUGGCCUGUCUUCCAAUAAAAUCUCUGAAAUCAUCUUGUGGCAUGUACUUGAUAUCAUCAGGAACUCUUUUUACACACUGUCAAAUGUUGCUCCAAAACACCAGAUUGCCUCAUGUUCUUCAUUGAUGCCUUAAUCCAAUGCAUGCCUAAUGACUAACAGUGAAAUCCUGGUUUAUAACAACCUGCGUCUCAUGGUCUUAAUUUCGUUCUAUUCCUCAAAUUUGCAACAACAAAAGUCCGAUGUUAAAGUUACAUAAGAGUUAAGUCAUGAGGCUGUUUGUGUUUCUAGUCACAGUUUCAGGUAUAUUUUAGGGCAGCAGGAAAUCAUGUUUUGAUACAGAAUCUAGUCUUUAACCAGUGCAUCUAUGAGUGGAGGACAUCUGCUCUACCAACAGAGCUAAACCGACGCUCCCUGUUUGGCAGUAAUCAGUGCUGGCUGGAACUUCUCUGCUGUCUCUAUGUGCAGUGAAUUGAUUGAUGAAUUCCUAUCUCUGCUCUCCAGGUGGUUGUGAUUGUGCUCUUCCUCUGCCUGCUGGGAGUCAGUUUAUACGGGACCACCCAGGUGAGGGAUGGUCUAGAGUUGACGGACAUUGUGCCCAGAGAAACCAGUGAGUACGACUUCAUCGGCGCCCAGUUUAAGUUCUUCUCCUUCUACAACAUGUACGUGGUGACACAGAGGGCAGAUUACGCCCAGAACCAACCUCUGCUGCACCAGCUCCACCAGAGAUUCAACACUGUGCGCUACGUGCUGAAGGAGGACAACGGACAGCUGCCCCGCAUGUGGCUGGACUACUUCAGGGAGUGGCUUCAGGGUAAAAUCAAACCCCAUCUAUAAUCAAUCACUCAGACCAGACUUAAACAUGUCUGGGUCGUUUUUCAUUUACAAUAAAAAGGGUUCAGAGUCAGUGUGAGAUCCCUGAAUGUUGUCCUUAUGCUGUCAUAAAUAAUGUUGAUAUUCAUUCUUCAACAUCUUAAAUAGUUAAAGCAUGGAAUUAAUUUACUUUUUAUAAAAUACUUUAGGGAUUAUAUUUUUCUUGAACGUUUUGACAUGAAUUUGGGGAAACAAGACAUUUGGCAGGUGUUCAGAAUAGUACUUUUCAAAAUGUCCGUCAACAGUAGUCUGAUUAAAAUCACUUGUGCAUGAGAAAAGGAAGGAGGAUGAUGAAGGAGGACAAAGUGGUCAUCCCAGUCAGAUAGGUUUUGUACAGUAUGCUUGAACCCUUGGCAGAAGGUGAUUAUGUUUUCAUUGCCAAAUUUCCAGAUUUGUACUUUUUUUAAAACACAACUGGAAAAUCUGUAAUAUUUAGCUCAUAAAAAGCCCAGCCCCAGCCCUUAAAUCACGCUACUUUUAGUUCUAUUCAAUUUUAGUAGCAGGAUUCACUCUGAGAUGCGUAGUCAUUUGCACAACCAGCAAUGACAGCUAACAAGAUUUAUGAUAUGCUAAUAAUUCAAUAAAAACAGGGUCAUUUUCAGUGAGAAAAGCACACACGCUUAUAUGCCUUUAAUGAUAAAAGACAGUGUUUGAGCAGUCUGGGAACCACACAGAGAGGGUGUGCGUGUGCGAGUGAGAGAGGGAGGGAGAAAACUGUGUCUGAUAUUGCUCUUUGCAAUGGUGGGACAAAUUGGAGCCAGACAGGCCAAGGAACGAGACCCAAAACAACAUCUCCCACAGACGGACCACAGCGUGGGCCAUGGGGGGGAGCUGAGGAGGGGGGGAGCAUGAUUCACAUAUGGAUUAGAGAGUUGUAUAGAAAAAGGAGACACAUGUUACUGAUAUAUUCCCUAAUGAUCACUUAGGAUGAAAAGCAGCAGAUUUUUCCUGCGUUUGAAGUCUUGUUUGGAGGUUGAAAAUGUAAAAGAGUUAUGCUGUUAAAUCAGUCAGGCUUAUUACAAGGUUAGGUUAAGGUUGCAGUUUUGCACAGUGCUGUCUUUUACUGCUGUAUUGUUCGGUGUUGUUUUUACUUGUAAACAAAACCUCUUUAAGUGAGAUGUGGAGGAAGAAUGAAGAUAACAGGGCAUGAAACCUUUAAAAGUACUCACAUCCAACUAAUCUUUCUUGUUGUGGUUUCCUGCAGGUCUCCAGCAGGCGUUCGACAAAGACUGGGAGGCCGGCCGCAUCACCCUUAACAGCUAUCGGAACGGCUCCGAUGACGGCGUCUUGGCGUACAAACUUUUGGUGCAGACAGGACGCAGAGAAAAGCCCAUUAACUUCAACCUGGUAUGUUUUUCAGGAAUGAAGCCGACCUGGGCUUCAUUAAAGACUGUCUUUAUUUAUUUGUCUUUAUUUCUCAAUUUCUCCCAGUUACCGUCUUCAUCUUUUCCCUGUGAUGACUUUACCGAGCCCAGGAAUUUAAAGCUCUCACUGGGGCUGCACACAACCUCUGAAAAACCUAUUAACUCUUCAUUUAAAACAUUUGUCCCACUUGGUUAGUCUGCUUGUGUGUGAUGUGUAUGAAUGCUGAACUCGGAGACAAAGAUGUCUCCCCCUUAGCCUUUCAGUUUGGCUCUCUGUCACUAAUUCGUGACACUGUUUGAUGAAUGAAACCGCAAAACUGAACCAAAGUCACAUUAAUAGACAGAUAUGACUCAAUGUUUUGACACUUAAUCACAUUAACUAAUGAUGAAUUAAACUUCUAAUUUGUGUUGGCAAAACAAAAAAAGUCAAGUGGAGCUGAUGACAUUGCACCUCUGAAGUAAAAUGAGUACACAAAGUAGAUAUCUGAGUCUCAUUUGGAACAGGUCUUGCAUUCGUUGUUUAUCUGAAGGCGUGUUUGACAUCCUGAAUAUGACACUAGCAAAUCUGUUAAGGUCUAAAAAGUAGGUCCAGGAACAAAAAAGAUAAAAUCGAGUUUUUCUGCAGAAAUAUGCAGGUUUGUGUUGAGUACGUGUGCCCAGCUUUAAUAAGGCAUUCCUCUUUUUUUUUUCUUACUACCCUCCAUAAAAAAACAACAAUCUAAAUGCAUAGUUGUACAUUUUGGCAGGAAAAGCAAAAACAGAAGAUAAGAGACUGGAGAAAUAUAAAAACAAAAUUCCAGGCUAGAAUUUCUGUAAACCAAAAACACUACAGUGAUUAUUUUUCCUGAGAUAAUUAACUUUGACAGCGUCGCUAAAUCUUUGUUUAUUCAGUCUUCAAGAAGUACACGUAUGUAAAACUUCCUUUUUUUCUUGAAGCCGUUACAUUCCCAUCAAAACCUCAUACCACUCUGCCUAUCCUCUCAACUAGCUCGCAGGAAGCAGAGGUAAGCCUGGUGUGCGGCCUCAUGACAUCACUUCCUGUGCCUGUGAGGGAAGUGUAUUUGCCGUGAGGCGUGGGGGCCGCCAGCAGAGCUGCCUGGGCUUCCCGUGACAGCUUGAAGACAUACAGUUGUUGCGUAUCCCGCUGUUAAAUUCAAUCCAGAUCCUCUGGAAUCCGGCUCUCUUUCUUGCCCCCUCUCUCAUGCUCACACUACCACUCUGGCUCUCUCUCUCUCUCUCUCACUCUCGCUCUCUCUCUCUGUCUCCUCCUACCUCUCCCUUCCCUCCCUCUGUGCUCCACUGCUGUGUCCCCUUUCAAUGAGGGGAGCUCAAACACGUGGUUUCUUUGAGGCUGCUCUGUGUGGUGUGUGCAUUUGUAUGUUUUGAGUGUGUGUUCUGCAUUUGUCUGUUGUGCGUGCAUUUCUAGCAGUAGCUGUUUUUUUUUUUGUGUGCCUCAAAAUGAGGACCAGAUCUUUUUCCAACCCUGGCAAAUUGCAGAGCUAGAUGUUUUAUUUUGAUAUGCCACUUCAUGGAUCUGUGCAGAGGUGUGCUGCCUUUGAUCUGUUGCUGUUAACAUUUCUCUCCGUGCAGGGCGACCAUUCGUUCCUUAUGGGCUGCCAGGGAGUCAUAUGGAAGCUGGCUAUCUGUGUGUGUGUGUGUGUGUGUGUGUGUGUGUGUGUGUGUGUGUGUGUGUGUGUGUGUGUGUGUUUGUUAUAUGUGUGUGUUUAGUGGUUGAAAACGGCUGAAAAGAAAGAUUAAGCUUUGGAGAGCUGUGAGAAGUUGGAGGACGACUGUUGGAAAGUGCGAUGGAGGGUCAUGCUUAUUCUAUCAAGGGCUCUUUUCUGAUGAGGGGCAGGGUCAGCUUGUGGCGCCAGGCAUUCUCGGUACCCAUAGGGGUCAGGAGAAGCAAGUGUGAGCAACAUUUGUACAGAUGUUGUGUUAUUUUUAUAGCUCUACUCCAUUUGCUGGGUGGCAUUUCCUUCAGUGUUAACAACCAGGUUAACUGCACACAGACGCGCUGAGGGACUCCAGCCAAUUUUUUUAUUGUUACGCUAACUCAAGCAAUUUUUUUUCUCCCCAACCCCCCAUCACAAAAACCCCCCUUAACCUUUUCUUCAUCCACCUAACCCCUUGAGUCCAGCUUCACCUCCAAAACUCUCCCAGCCUCCAUGAAGGAGGGAUUUAUGGUUCCUAGAAGGGAAACUGGCAGAGGGGUGCGCCAUAAUGGUUUUACCCCUCUGGAGGUAGCAUUGCUGGGCUACACUCCUCUGUUUCCACAUGGAAGGAAAUUGGUCAUAUUUGGAUAUUUGGUCAUGAAGUGGAAAAUUAGCAAACUAAGAUUUUGAUCCGAUAGUGGAUUUAGUUUGCAAGAGGUGAAACAAUCAUCGAAGAUAUGACAGACCAACCUACCGGCUGGCCACUGUCAUCCCUGUUGAUGUUCAGCUUUCCUGGCUAAUAAAAUCCCAAAGUUUUACCAUUUACUGAUUUAUUUUCACAGCUUUCAAAUAAAGUUAAGAAAACAUCUCAAAGCAUAAGCCAAUAAGUAACAGAAAAUUCCCCAAACUGACAGAUUGUCUCAUACAAAAAUGAUCAGUAGGUGUAUUUUAACGUCUCCCAUUAUGAGCAUUAAGAGGGCUCAGCUCAGAUCCACAGCAGCUGCUUCUGGACACAGAAUAGCAGUGGGUAUUCAGGUCGGUCAGGACUUUGGGCUUGAGGUUGGCCAGCCAGUAUCUGCUGUAUGUAAAGGGAGACGCUGAUUCAUCAUUCUCCAUGUUUUAAUGUGGCAUGAUGAUUCUGGGAAGCUACAAAGAGAAGUAACGGGAAUUUACAGAAAGACGACCAGUGUUUUACUUGUUGAUUUUCCUUUGGUCGGAAAGAGAGAGAGGGACUGCUAAUAUUUGACUCUUAUUUUAAAAGCUGCUCCGUUCUCAUGCACUCAUGCAUGUGUAUAAAUAAGCAUGUCUGUGGUUAGCUCACCUGUAGAAUGUUUUAGUUAAACACGUCCCAUUUCCACAAUAUCUUUUUAGAGUCCAAAAUAUACUGAACAGCCACAUUAUGGUUUCCUCUGCAAGCUCCAACUGAUUUUUUGAGCUUCAUUACCAUUUUUCCGUUUGCUAAUUAUUCCAUUUUCAAAUUUUGAAUUUUGCUCAGCCGCAUAAAAAUGUGUCUCUCCUUUUCAUUCCCUUUUUUUCGUGUAUUUGUUUGAAGAUUAUGUUUUAAUGGAAAAGAACAGAAAGGAACAUUACUUGUUUGAAUGAUCUAUAAUGGCUCCAUUAUUAACUCGUCUCUCUUCUUUACUCUGUAGCUCACUCGCCAGAGGCUUGUGGACGCAGAUGGAAUCAUCAACCCCGGUGCUUUCUACAUCUACUUAACCGCCUGGGUCAGCAAUGAUCCUGUGGCCUACGCCGCCUCACAGGCCAACAUCCGCCCACACCCUCCUGAGUGGCUUCAUGACCGGACCGACUCCAUGCCCGAGACACGCCUCAGCAGUAAGUCAGCGUGCUGUACUUCCAAAAGGAACACUUAAAUUAAAAGACACAUGUUUCAGAGUGCAAUGGGAGGAAGUUUGGACUUGAGACAGAGUAGGAAAUCUAAACUAUCAUGUUGUUUGUUCCAAAAAGUGAAGCUAAUUCAUAGUUUGUUGAAGUUUAUACCUGUUACGUGUUCCACAUUUGAACAAAUUACAUUUACUUACUGAAGUUUCUGCUGAAAUCUUUAGCCGGAAUUUUGCGGGGCUCGCUGGCUCGGGCUUCCAUAAGGCAGCUGCUACAUGUGAGCAGUGUUUACCUCUUGUGGUUUGAGUUAUUGCUCCUUGUCUGCCUCUUAGCUUUAAGUGAGGUUGUAGACUUUACUGUACCACAGUGGUGUGCGCAUGUUUGUGUGUGUGUGUGUGUGUGUGUGAGCUCAGGUUGCAAGGCUGAUGACCAAGACACAGCUCACUGUGGUUCUCCUAAUGGUGCCUGUGGUGAAUGCUAUAAUCCUGGCUACCAUGGGGCCUAGUAAUACACACAUAUGUACACACACACUCACAUUAUUAAAAUCCACUGACCCCAAACACUACACACACCCUGUUCUCAUUUCCCCACCACACACACAGACUGUAACUCACAUAAAAAAGUACAGUCAUCUUGUUGUUCGAUUCCGGCCUGUGAUUUGGUACAAGUCAGGAAGUGCUCCACAGGGGAGGAAAAUGAUUGGAUAACGAGAGGAGACUGGGGUUGGAUAGGAAGCACAAUUGGAUAACAAGCAGGAAGUCCUUUUGGGGGCGGGGGGGUAUGAUUGGAUAAGCAGCGUGAAGCACUUGGCUGUGUGGGAGCCCCCCAGAGCAGAUCUGUGUUGGCUGGGAGCCAAGUUGUGUUCUUAUGGAAAUUUAUAGUAGAGAUUAUAAUGAGCCAAACCAUGUUAGCAAGUGCUCCUGUCUGACCCUGCAAGGACGGUGUAAAUACACACUCUUACACCAUGACAAGAAAGACCAAAAGCUUGCAUUGAUUUGAUUGAAAAACUUCAAUUCGCUUCGGUAAUGUGCAGGUAAAUACACUGCAAACAAGAAAUCUCAAUGAGAACUGUGUUUUGACAGCACCAAAUAUGACUUCAUAACACCGUGACAGGCAGGUAUGCAUGUUUAUGAAUCUAUAUUAUGCUUUAUGUGGCAGUUGCUAAGUUUAGGGUGUGGUAAUGGCAGUGAUUCUGACAUUGUAAUUACCAUGAAUCAACGUUAGCCCUGACACUCUGCUGAGUCUGGAACUGAUAGGCCCUCAUUAGGCAGGCUGGGCCACAGACUGGCUGGGCCGGAGUCAAUGGAGCUCUGUUUCACACUGCUCCGCUCAACCCUACCACACACACACACACACGCAGACACUCACUCACACGCGCACACGCAGACACUCAUGCACGCUCGGCCACAGAUGUAGCUGCUCUUGGAACAAAGUUGGAUUAGGGAGGUGAAGCUUUGAUAUGGGUGGUUUGGCUGAAGUGGUUAAAAUGACUUCUGCAGAUACACUAAAUGAUCAGAACCUAAUGUUAGUUAAUAAGAACAGACAAAUAUCAUCUGCAGAUGUCAUUGUUGCCUUUGUUGAUUUUUCUUAUGAACUCUAUAAUGCUCCUCAUGAUCAGUUCCAAUGAGUUGAAGAUGUGUCUUCUUGUGUUUCCAAAGCCUCAAGCGCAAAACAUCCACCUACCUCAGCAUGUUCUCCAUAAAAAACAAAGUGGCUAUUACAGUUAAAUCAAAACAAGUUUUAUCCCGUUUUCAAUUCUUGACCAUCUCUUAUUGUCUCUUCUUCCAGUCCCAGCAGCUGAGCCCAUCGAAUACGCACAGUUCCCCUUCUACCUCAACGGGCUCCGGGAGACGCCGCAGUUUGUGGAGGCCAUCGAGAGUGUGCGGGCAAUCUGCAGCAACUACAGUCGACACGGCUUGCCCUCCUACCCCAACGGCUACCCUUUCCUUUUUUGGGAGCAGUAUGUCAGUCUGCGCCACUGGCUCUUGUUGUCCAUCAGUGUUGUGCUGGCUUGCACCUUCCUUGUCUGUGCCCUCUUCCUGCUUAACCCAUGGACUGCAGGCAUCAUUGUGAGUAUUAGACAGGAGGACAAGCUCAAUGUUACACAUAUAUGGUGGAGAGAGUCUGGAGAAAGAGAAAGAUAUCCAUUAAAUAAAUCACAGUCUCCACCUAGUUUUAAUAUGCAUUAUAUAAGGGCAGUCCCUCUCUGAAGCAGAGCGAGGCAGAAACAGCAGCAUGCGGUUUGGUUUUUAGUCUCCUCCUUCUUGUCUUGGUUUCUAUGUGUGGUCCAAAAGGCAUUUCAGAGAAGAGGGACUCAGAAAAGAGAGGGGGCUGCUGUGUGUUAUUGUAGCCCCAGUCACCACUGUUUAUCUUAUGCUGUUUUGUCAGGCCCAGUCUGUUUAGUCUAGUCCAACACUCCCAGACACCAAUGCUGAAAUAAAUGGGGAGAGGACACAAAGUUGCCUGGGCAACUUGCUUCCACUCUAAACCUAUAAAAACUUUGAUUUUAUUUCCAUCUCCCACACUUCUCUUCUCUCGCUUCUCUCACCAAGUCCAAGGACACGCACAUUAACGCAAACAGGGGAACACACAGACUCACACUUUGAGAAGAUACGUAUAUGCUUGCGCACAUGCAAUAUGAAUAUGUAAACACACAGGUACAUAAUUCACGCAGAGACUCAUACACAAAGUGCUCUGGUUUUUCUCUCUGGUGGGUUGUAUUUUACGACAGGCAGUGGCCAGGCCACCAGAGCCCUUAAACAGAGGGGGAGGGGAUUCCGUGUGCAUCCUCCAGGCUUUACUAGCAAGAUCAAAAGACAAGUUAUGGAGAGGCGUCAAGUUUAACCAUUUGUUCUGUCCGGGACCAGACCACCGCCAGCCCUAAAAUGUCAAACCUUCAACCCUAACCCUCUCAGACCCUCUCAGUUAUUUGCACUGAAAUCCAUCUUAACCACAAAGACAGACGGAGGCCGAUUUAAACCUCAUGUCUUGUGUUUGGAGUCUGUAAGAUGUUUCAGAUCAACUAGCUAUUUGCUGUUGUUAAGAGAGUGGUCACUUGUAAUAUGUUUAUUGGCUGCAGUACUCUUAGUUGGUAUAAAGUUUGGUCUGCAGGGGAAAACACUUCACAUUAAAACUAAAAUUAGAGUUCUAUGUCACAGGAAUUCUCAAUAAACUUAUUUCAGGAGGAACUUAAGUGAACUAAACUCCUCCUGAAAGCCUGAAUGGGAUUUGAUUUUUUAUCAACACAGACGCCUUAUUGUGAUCAGAUCACCUGAAAUGCAGCAUGAAGGGUUGGAGGAAGUCAGAAAGACAUACCGCACAGCACUCACUACCAUCCCUCUUGAACACAUGCACAUACUCUGUACAUUGUGUAUGAAUACAUGCAGACAGCCCCCUCCUCUGCCCACCUCGGCCCUCUUCAAAGGAUUUGGGCCCCAUGUAACCUGACACCUGUCAGCUGAUAAUGGCAUUUACUCCCAGCUCCUGUCCCACUCUGCUCUGAAACUUUCACACUUGUACACCAAGAGACACAUCUUUUUAACUGUAAUGAUUUUUGUCAUUGGGUUAUGAACAAUCAUUACAAAGAAAGAAAAACAGAAACUGUUUCUGUAUCCGGAAUGAAGUAUUCUUCAAGCCUGAUCCUAACCCUUUCUCUGUCCAGUUCUGAAUCACUCCUCCAAGAAGGUUCAUCAGCUUUCGUGUGUCUAACAGAGUCAACUCUUUGCUCUGCAGGUGUUGGUGCUCUCUCUGAUGACUGUGGAGCUGUUUGGCUUCAUGGGGCUUAUGGGGAUCAAGCUGAGCGCUGUGCCUGUGGUCAUUCUCAUCGCCUCUGUGGGCAUAGGAGUGGAGUUCACCGUCCAUGUUGCCCUGGUACGCACAUAUAACCAUUAAACUAUUAUGAAAAUGUUUCCCCAUUUGCAGCCCUAUGCAAAGUAAAUGAUUGUGAUGUUUUUGGGUGUAUUCUAGGCGUUCCUGACAGCCAUAGGGGAUCGUCAUAAGCGGGCGGUGCUGGCUUUGGAGCACAUGUUUGCUCCGGUGCUGGAUGGAGCCUUUUCUACCUUACUCGGCGUUCUAAUGCUCGCUGGCUCUGAGUUCGACUUUAUCGUCAGGUGAGCACAAAAAUGAAUCUCGCCCGUUUGGUUCACUUUGUAGGCACACAGCAAACAGGUUAAGCUAUGGUGCCUCUGUGGCUUCAGUGGACCGUUGAGACCAUGCCUCAACCUGUAUGUCACACAGGAAUCUACCUGAGACACCAGCCAUGCAUGACAGCUCUUUCUCAUCUUCCACCUUCAUCUCCCUCUCAUAUUCCUUCUCUGUCAGCUACCAGUGGCACACUGGAUUGAUAUAUUUCUUGGGGAAGAAACAGCAUAAACAAGAACUUUUCACUGCCUUGGUGUGGCUCUCGCUGGAUGUUUUAGGGGAGGGAAUUGGAGGAAGGAUGGAAAGUUGAAGGUUAGAAGGAGGUAGUAGAUGGAGGGUGCAAAGUUAGAGAAAGCAAGGGUGGAAAGAGAGCAGGGAAGUCUACUCCUUUUUUGCUGGUUUAACUGCCCUCACAAGACAUUUAUAAGCACAGGAAGGAGUAAGGGGUGGCAGGGCAAGAGGGGCAGUCAUGGAAGGACAGGAAAAGUGGAAAUUAAAGUCGACGUGCUAUUGGGGCACUGCGUUGGUGGCUUCUUUUGAAUGCGCACACUCUUGUAGUGAGUAGUUGCCAUGCGAGGCAGGAAAAUUAAUGCUUCUGUGCGUUCUGGAGCCUUUAGUCUUAUGAGAAGUUUCCAGUGAGCUCAGAGAAAUCAUUUGAAAUGGAUGAGGUGGCUGUAUGGUUAAGUUGACCUGCUCCUUUAAGAAAAGGGAGCACUGAAGUCCAUGUGAUCUGCAAACACACACACACACACACUUUGUCAUGUGCAUAGGUUUGUGCUCAUGCAUGCACACACACACACACUAUCACACAGUCCCCUCCAUAUACGUACCCAUACACACACACACACACACACACACACCAUUCUGCACCCUGACCCUGUAAUCAUGGGGGUCAAUGAUGGCGUGCCUUCCAGUGAGAGAGCACACAGCUACACACUCAGUGAGACACACUCACAAAGACACACACACACACACACACACACAGGGAGGCCUAAAGACCUUCUCUCCUCACCUCCAGUGGUGUGCUCUGGUUUCUGGCUCAGUCCCGGGCCUCCAUUUAAAGGUUCUGCUGUUGUCUGAGCAAACAAAGCUGCAGCCCAAGACGGCGCAAUAACAACAGGCCCGGCUCGUAUUUUUCUGCUUGCGCUGAAAGAAAUGUUUCCCUGACUUUCCCCGUCAGCCCUGUGAAUGUUUUCACUCUAAACAGCCCGGCAGGGUACUUUGCCUGGUAUGUGGGCUCCACGCGUGCAUAUGUGCCUAUAUGUGUGUCCCAGGGUGACGUGGCGUUUACCCCACCUGGUUUGUAUUGACAUGCUCACCACAGCGAUGACACCGUUAUUUCAACCCCAGUUACAGAAACAGUUUUUGAUAAUCUAAUAAAAGUAGAUAAUAGAUGAGAGAAGUUUGGAUGAUAGAUGCUCAAGUGUCUGUGUUGCAUUUGUGUGUCUGUGUGUAUAAUGCUUUGGAAAGUGAGGAUUACUCAUAACAACCUGCAACAGAACUCCCACAGGCUCCUUCUACUGUUUGUCUAGUGUGUGAUUUAUUCUGUUGAUGGUUUUACUAGUUUGUGAAUCAGCCAUGUACGAGGUCAAACAGAAGACUCUGAGCCUGACUGAUAUGUCAGUUUGCUGAUACUAUCAGGCAAAUGCAGAUACAUCAGUGCCAACAUAUUGGAUUCCUAAUACCUUCUGGUUUUUAGGUGAUAUUUUAAAAUAAAGUUAAUUGUUUAAAAGUGCUUUGAGCACCUUUGCUACAUUUGCUAUUUGUUAUUAUUUGUUAUUAUUUAUGUGUUAUUGUUACACAAACACAUAAAAAAAGUUUAUUUUCAUUUCGUCAACACCAAUCACCAUAUUUUCUUUUACAUUGCAAAUCAAUCCCUGGUCAGUACUUUUAGUCCGAAUCUUAGUGUGAUAUGAAGAAUUUACUGUAUGGGUAAUACAUAUACAUCCUUUCCACCAGUUUAACUGAAACACAUAUGAGGGCUGGGCGAUAAACCGAAAAUUUACCGGUACUGAAAUCUACAUCAAUAACCGACCUCAUUUUGCCCAUGUCAAUAUAUUCGAUGUCAAAAAUAAAUAAAUAAAUAAAAGUUGGUUUUGGAUGUGUGUAGGUAGUCUCAUUAAGACACUUUCCUACAUUGGAGAUGUGACUCCACCUCAUCCAGUCUGUAACAAAGAAGCAAAGACAGGUGAGGAGAUGGCGGACGGUUUUAAAGUUGUAGCAGCUAGAGCGGCGGCUGAAGAAGACGUAGUUAAUGUGGGAGGAGGUGAGCAGCUUGUGGAGUAGUUAUCGUCCAUUUAUGGUUAACAAGGUGAACUGCUCAAUAUAUUGUGAUUUUGAUUUGAGCCCAUAUCGCUCAGCCAUAACAUAUAUGUAAAAAUUUUGGAUUAGUUGCCCUUUGAUGCCUCUUUCAAGUGGCAUAAAGGGGGUCAGCACAUAAAGAAGUACAGCAUUUAGGUCACAUUAAUGUUCCUACAACCUCUCAAUGGAAAAAAGAAAAAUUCAAACUGUUCUCGCUGUUUCAGGUCGCAGUAGUAAGUAGUAAGUUGUUUUUUCUGUCUUACACUUGGAUGUGGUUGUGCUUUAAAUCUGUGUCUAUCUUAGCUGUUGUGUCAGCUCCCAGCAAAUAAGCAUGGGGGAAAAUAUCUGUGGCAGGAAACUUCAUGUUUACUGAGAAGAAAUAGAAUGAGAUGAAACAUUGUGGGUCAUCUUUUUCCUUGAAAUCAGUUUGUUGUGUUUUUUAUCAGACUGAUUAGUGGAAAAGUAGACUUGUGUCCAUGCCAGCAUCGUAAAAAAUUUCAUCCCAUCUCAGAGAUAGACACAGGAGUCAAGUAUAACUAGUCAGAGAGAAAGAGAGAGAGAUACCACACAUCCCUGAUUUCCACCUCUUCUCACUUGUGGCUCCUCUGCACAAUGACUGCAUUCUCUCUCACACACACACACAAACAAACACAUAUAUAUUUUGAUUUACAAACACACAAGGACUAUAAAUGCACACUUAAUUCAUGGCCCAGCUGUGAAACUGCACCUUAGUUAUCCCAUGUUUAAAUUGUCUGUACACAUUCACAAACACACACCUGUUUCAUCAGUGUGUCUCUGAUAACUUGAACGUUUUCACUUGAGAACGAGUGAGGAGGAAAGUCUCCCCUAAUAAAAAAAAGCUCGAUUGGUGAGAGAAAAAGAGAGAGAGAGAGGCAGGCGGGGGAUUUAGAGUUGAGAUUGGGGGGUCUUACCUGAUACAUUUGAGAUUUAAUUAGACCGAGGGGAUUGUGGAGUGACCGGGAAUUUCACAGGGGCUUAAGCUGGAAAGAAGGGAGAGAGAAUCGAGGCAGAGAAGAGAGAGAGAGAAAUAAAAGAGGGAGGGAGAGAAAGAGAGUGACCAGGGGAGGGGUGGUGCUCUGAGGGACCCCUUCUCUUCUUCCUAGACUAAAUUGUUUAAAUUCUAUACCCUACACUUCAUUUGUUUGCCUCUCCCUCUCUCCUUUUUAGAGUCAGAGAGGAGAGAGAGGCCCCUGUCCUCUUCUGCCCCCCCAACCCCCUAACGCUCCUCUCAGCCGCCUCUCCUCUCAUCCCCCAUUUUUUUUUUUUUACCCUCCCUUACCCUCUUCCUCCCCCUUCCUUCACAUUCCUUGCUGCUUUGUUUUCUCCAUGUUUGCUUAUACACCACACACCCAAGAGAGAGUGCCCUCGCUCCCAAUAACUCCCCCCCUCCUUGCUUUUUUUUUUUUUUUCUUUCCUCCCGUGCCUUUGAAUUAACCAGCUCCGGCUAAUUAUGCUUCCCCUUUCUUUUCUCUCUGCGGCUCCUUAAAGACUAACUCUCUUUGGCAGGACUUAGAAUCACACAAGGUACAUUUCUGUUUUGCUCCUUCAAAACCACAGUGCAUGCCUGCCUCUCUGUGGGGGGUUUCAUAUAUGUGUGUGAGUGCAUGUGUGUGCGUGUGUGUUUGGGGAGUGGCCGGGCGUCUUUGUGGAAGUAUUAUUUCGGGCAUGUGUCAUGGUUGAUCUUGCACAUGUCUCCCCAUGUCUAAACCUCUGUGGUUUGCACAGGUAUUUUCUUUAUUUCUAAAUCUGCUCUGUUUCUGUCUGUGGCGGUCACAGCGACUGCUUUUUCAUACUUCUGUUUAGUUUUUUUUUUUUUUUUUUGUCUUGGUCAUGGAAUUUCCAUUUUUUGAGGGCAGUCUUGUCUGUGGUUUUCUUAACGAUGUUUUGUGUUGUAUCACAAAAGAAGCAAGUGGAAAAUUAUUAUUUCAGUAUUUAAAUAGAGUGUUUUUAUCCUUAUAUGUUACACAGAUUUCAAUAAGUUUAUGUUUACUCCUUAUUUCAACCAUUUUUUGUGUUUGCAUGUGUUGUUUUGCAGGUAUUUCUUUGCAGUGUUGGCCAUCCUAACAGUUCUUGGAGUACUGAAUGGAUUGGUCCUUCUUCCAGUAUUACUAUCAUAUUUUGGGCCCUAUCCAGAGGUGAGAUCCCAAAAACCUUAAAGAAAUUGAAUCAAGUGUGUCUGAGGCUGGCAAAUUCACUCUUUUCUCUUUCAACAUCUUAGGUGUCCCCGGUUGAUGGUCGUAGCCGGUUACCCACCCCAUCCCCAGAAGCCCCUCCACCUGUGGUCCGUUUCUCUGUCCGUCCUCACCACACUACAGGGACUGCCACCACCUCUGGUGCAGCUUCAGACUCCUCAGACUCUGAGUACAGCUCCAACACCACAGUGUCCGGUAUCAGCCAGGAGCUGCAGCACCACAACCUGCCCUCCUCACACAGAGGACAGACUCGUACAGAGGAGCAGCAAUACCACCUCCAGACCAGCAGGGGCAGAGCAGCCAGGACAGAGGAGGAAAGGAGAGCAGGAUCAGGGCACAGGCGUUCGGCCAGACAAGCUGAACCGCCAGCCUAUAGUUCGGUAAGAAAAUAUCUUCAGCUCUGUGUUGCAGGUAUAAUUCUUUAACUGCAGUGCUCUUUCGUUUUUCCUGUAUAAAUAAUAAAUGUUGUUUUGUCUGCUCUUUAGACUGUCUCCUCUCAGGGUUGUGAUUCUGGGCCCCAGUCCAGGGCUACUCAACGUAACAGCAGCAGGGACCCCAAAAGCCAGCUGCACUGGCAGGCCCCGCCCCCAGCCCGCCCGCGCAUGGACGCUUUUGAAACUGCUACUGAGGCUGGGGGCCAUCAUGGCUCUCACAGCCAUAGAGAACACUCAGCAGGCCACAGGGCCCGCUCCACCCACAACCAACAGCCUAAUCACCACCUCCCACACCACCACCCUAACCCCACCCCAUACUGCCAACCCAUCACCACAGUAACAGCGUCAGCCUCUGUCACUGUCGCUGUCCACCCACCCCCUUUGUCCAACCAGAGCCCUCCUGCUUCCUCUUAUCCAGGAUACACUGCAACAGACAGUUACUGCCCAUCAGGGCCAGAGGAGCCGGAGACUGUCUUCCAGGACCCACAUGUGCCUCUGGACACCCACACAGGAGUCAGAGGGGUCCAGGUGGAGGCCAUGGAGCUUCAGGAUUUGGAGUUUGAGGCAGCUGAGAGCAACAGUGGCAGGCGGGUGAGCUGAGGUGAGUUUUCAUUAAUAAAACUUCGCUAAGACCCUCUAGGAUGUAACUGCACUCUUCUGUGGGUCUAUUUCAUCAAAGUACUGACUACAUCUUUUUUUCUUCUUCUUUGUUUGCAGUUGAGGAGAACAAAUUACACCGGCCAAAGACCUGGCCUGGCACAGCCCAGCCCAGCACAGCCCAGCCUGGCUCAAUCCUGGCAGAGAGAAACUCUCCAGUGUUGCCGUCAUGGUGCUCAUUCUUACUGUAACCCAGUGGACUAUUGUCUUAGAUAUUUCUAUCUAUAUUUAAAAGAUGUAUACAUAUGUAAAUAUGAACAAAAAGUAGCUAUAAUUUUAGGAGAUGUACAACUCCUCAUGUUAACAGACUGGGGCUGCCAUUGUAUAUGGUGUAUGUGAGUGAGUGUGUGAGUGUGUUUAAAAGUGUGCAAGUGUUUGUGUGUGUGAGAACCAGAGAUAGAUCUCUGAUUACUGUUCACUCAUCUGUGGAUCUGUGCCAUUAGGAAGCUUCAUCUAGACAAACAUACCUGUCAGCAUUCACUGUUGCUGCUCAAAAAUAUUUUAAAUGAUAUACAUUUAAAAUUCUAUGCAAAUGUCUUUUUAUACAAAAGAAGUGAUCUGUCUUCAUAUAUAUGUGUGUGUGUGUGUGUGUUUGUGUGUGUUUAUAAUGGUUGAAUGUGGUGCUAUGUUCUGUGAAACAGCCCCAUCAUUUUCUGGCUAUACAUCAGAUACAUCCUCAGAACAGAAUAACAUUAACACUCAUUUAAAACGUGAGGGGAAGUGUUAGAAUUAUCAAACAGGGCUAAGGUAUAUGUUUGUGUGUGUGUCUGUGUGAAUGCGUGUUUCUGUAUGUGUGUGUGUGUGUUAUUGUUUUAAGGUACGCUUGUUAAACUAUUAAUUUUUUAUCACAAACCUGUGGUAGUUAUGAAACGAUUACUGUUUAACUUGACACGCUAUGCGUGCUAUUUAAGACGAGCAGAAAUGAAGAAAUUUUAAAGCUGUUUUUGGUUUUAUUUUGUUCUUUUAGUUUGCCUCUGCAUUGGAACCAGUUUUUCCUCCCAGCUUUGUAUCACUGUCUGUUUGGCUGCUCUCUGGUUGUAUUUUACUGUAAGAGGUUAUGUACUGUUUACCCUAGCAGGCUCAAAACAGGUUCUGUCUCGUAUACUGGCAUACAGUCAGUAAACCCACCUCAAAAACUCUCUCUGCCAUCACAGGGACUUUCGCAUUACUGAUUCUGGAACAGGGUCAACACGGGGCACUAACUCUGUACCCGAAGUGGUUGUGUCUAGUGGAUAAGCUAAAUCUCACACUUUAUACUGUAAUCUGAUUCAACAUGGCACUUGACUGCAUUUAAACUAUACUCACAGGAAUAUCUCUUCUUCCGUAGCUUUUUUCUGUCCAAACAAUAAGCUAGCCCAUGCAGCCUGCUAAGGGCUAAGCCCUAUAUAGCCUGACAUUGUGCUCUGUGUGUGUCUCAAUUUACACGUGUGUAUGAACAUUUCUGUGUUUGUGCUGGUCCAUCCUCUUACUCUGUCUCAGCUCUCUUCAAAUGACCGUGAAGACAACUGGCCCCAUUUUGGCCUCAGCCGUCCCCACUGACCUCAGCUAAUAAAAUCCCCAACAGAACGCCAUGACACUAAUUGGACACCCCCUCCUUUUUUGAAGUGCCAAAUGGCACAGACCUGAGCCUCAGGGGUCAAAGUUUACACUGCCAGCCCCCGUCUAUAAUCGUAAUGGCCAGUUUAUGUCUGCAUAUGUGUCUCAGUCAGCGUGCAUACCUGCUAGAAAUCCUCAGUCUCAAAUCCAGGUCUUAACCCCUCAGACUGUCUCUUUUUCUACGAACAAACUUUUUGUUGAACAGAUGUAGCUCUACCCAGAAGUCUUUGCAGUUUUCCAUGUCUAUGUUCUCAAGUCAGCUGCUUGCAUAAAAUAGGUUGUUCUGUUUGUUUAUUUUUGUUUCUCCCAAUGUCACAUUGGCAGUAGUGGAGAGAAUCAUAGCUGGCAACUAUUUUAUUCAUGUUUUUGUUUGUUUUUGUUUCAACUUUCAAUUGCGAUAUUUAUAUUUUUGUAAUAUAAAGUAUGUUGUUAUUUUCUUUCAUUAUUAUCGUGAUGCCAGUCGAUAACAAAUGCAGGGAUUUUUAUGUCUAUUGAAAAAACACUAUUACAGUUAAAUGUUUUUACAUUAAUGGAGUUUGAUCUGUAUAAAGUGCUUACUAAUGUUAAAUAGGAAAAGAGUAUAUAACAUUUUACACUACAGGUCUCAUCAUAGCUCUUAGAGGAUUUUAAAAGGAAAAAAAUCAGUGGUUCUUCCAGACUGCCAUUUUGGUCUCGGUUGGUGUGGAUGUAUGCUGUUUUCAGUUACAAAGAUAAAUGUAUGCCAUAUAAUUUAUUUAUAUGAAAAUUUAUUUUUGUAGUGUACAUAGUAGUUGUCAAGGUAUUUGACAGAAGUAUAUUUUUAAAGAGUUUAUAUGUAAUGAUAUACCAUAACAGAAAAAAAACAAAACCUUAAGGUGCACACUUUCACUGAUAACUGUCUUGUGAGACAACAUCAACACCUCCCCUUCAGUAUUAUGUUCCAAUCCUUGGAGAGAGACAGCUGUUUCUAUGGGUUUGUCAAAGGCUAGCCAUGAAAGUAGAAAAUUGUACUAGCUCUCUAAAUAUUAAUGUUCAAACACUGAUAGAAUUCUAACAAAUAAAAAUAUUAUAACUUAUUUGUCUCGUUGUUCAUAACUUUAAUAAAUGGAAACUUAAAAAAGAUGCUUUUGUCUGACCGUGAGUUGAUUUCUUUUUGAAAGUUUGGGUGAAAACAAAUAGUUUUUGACAGUCUGGGAACUACUACACAUGUUCUCCAGUGGAGAUACAAUACUCCUAAGAGUCUGUUGACAGCCAGGUAGCAUGGACAGAAAAUUGAGAGCUGGAAAAGCCUUUAAACUUUUUGUUUUAGUUAGCCGGCCUACCAGUAACUCCCAAGUGCGCUCAUUAGCAUGUAAUAACUAACUGAUAUAACUUUUAAAAAAAAAAGAAGGCUUAUGUAUUUCUCUUCUUGGCACGCUAAUGUUUGGCAGUUUGUCACAGUGAUUUUUUGCAUUUUUUUAGAUAAGCUCUGUAAUUUUAAAAAAUUCAAACUGCUCAUGAAAAAAAUUGAGAUUAGGAACAUCCAUGCAGCCAUUUUUAAUGUAUUUAUUGGUUUAUUAUCAGAAAAUACCCUCAAAUCAAAUAUGUAGGAGGUGUUACUUUGUCCACAGGGGGCGCUAAAUUGGACACAAAUAGAGGGUUACUCACAGGAGCUUUAAGUUGAAGCCAUGCACCAAAAGUCUCCUGUCCAUGCUCGUUGAAGCUGCAGGUAAACACGACCUCCCUUCCCCCACCUCCUCCUCCUCCCUCCUUCCGUCCGUCAUGUCCUGCAGUGUAAAACUCUUGACAUCUGGUCUGGAGCCCUGCAGCCCUCCCCAACAGCCCACCCAGCUCCACCCCUGCACCCCCCACCUCCACUCCCUGUUCUGUAUGAUUUUGAUUGACAGCUUUAUAGACUGCAAGGAAAUUGGUUGUAGUUACAAUACAGCUGGCCUGUUCGGAGUAAUGAAAAAGGGCAUGUGGCCUUGAGCUUGCUGCACUGAUGGUGAGAGUGCCUUGUCAACUGCAUGGGUGGCGGCUAUUUGUUCUCAUACUUGACCGUUGUAAGAAGUCAGAGACUCGUCAGUAUCAAAAGCUCUUAGAUUAAGAUACAACUACAAUUCACAGUACAUUUGCAGCAUACUUUAAGUGUGUUGUGAAAGUAUCCUGCUUUGUAGUUCACCUCUGAA